AUGAGUAUCAAUGGUGGAUCGCAUACUCGGAUCAACACUCUAGGACGACUUCAUAGAGCAGAUUCUGGUCAGGAUCUCAUUGGCAUGAACAACCAUCACAAGAGGUUGCCCUCCUCGGCGUACCCCCAGAAGACGUUGUACACACAACAUUACAGCACCAGUGAAACCAUUGGAGAUGGCUAUGGGUAAGGCAUACGGGUGACAGUGGUGUACAUGCAUUUAUCUUACACGGAUUGUCUUGGCAUUUUAAAACCAGAAUAUCAAUCUAUUUGGCCUGAUUUUUGGUAUAAUUUCAUGGGUGCUAUAAUGGAAUAUCUGUCUUUCUAUAGCUCGAGGAUGGUAUAACUUUAACCAAGCUUUUAGAACUCUUCUUUGUGUCAUGUAAAUUAAUUAUCCUUUGAGUUGGGCCAAAGCAAUUUUUAUGUUAACCCUCCUAUUCACAUUGGUCUUUCUGGGUUACUAAAUUAUUGAAAACGUUUAAAAACAACAUUUGAAAUUCACACGUUAAGGCAGAUAUUCCUUAAAUUCAGUAGAUGGCCUGCAAAUAAUGGGACUUGUGUCUUGGCAUCAUCUGGGUUGCCACAGUUUGAGAUGCCUACCUAUGGUUUGUGUAACCGCUCUGCAGGAUCUGUAGAUACUCUAAAUAUUAAUGAUAACUGUUUAUACGUAUUCUUCAUCUUGUUUCAGUCUGUUACAACUUGUUUGGGUUGGUGUUUUAGUCAGAAGUGAUUAUGCAUUUUAUAAAUCGAACAUUUGUCACACAUGCGAAAGUAGUUGAUAUUGCUUUUCUUAUUCUUGUAUACAUGGUAUCAACAUUUUAUCAUUGGAAUUAGCAUGUGUGCAACUAAAACUCUCCAUUAUUAAUUUGUUCACUUCCUGGUUUAAUAUAUGAGCAAAUCUCCACAACCAUACUAGUUCCUCCGUUCCCACGCAACCUUUUGUACAAAUGAAAAAAUAUACCUCCAUUUUCAAAUGAUACAACGCAGCACAGAAUGCUUGUUAAACUGGUCCAUCCAGUGGUAGGCUUGCAGUUGUAUUGUGGAUUUCUGUGUAUGUGUUGUAUAUUGGGCCAUAAUCUGACAGUGAUUCUGUGUAAAGCUGCUUUAUAUAUAAAAGUGUUUCCUAUAAAUGUCACCUGUAAAAAAAAAAAAAAAAAAAAAAGUGUUUCAGCUAUUUGUGCCUAAGUACGGCAGCAUUUUUUGAAGUUGUUACAGAAAAUAUACACUGCAAAGCUGCGUUCAUAUCUUUGUUGCUCAGGAUCAAUGCCUAAUAUCCAGAGGUAACCUAGGGAAUGAAGACUCGGCUGGUGGGAAUUCUGCAUUUCAUUACUCCCCUUUUUCAGUGUUGAUGUAAUUUUGUAGGCUUGUUUCCUUUUGCUGUAUUAGAAGCAUUUUCUGAACAAAAAAAGUUGUAGGUGAUGUUUCCCUCCCCCCUCCCCCCACGUAGGUGGAAUGCACAGGUCAGUUUGCCUGCUCCAUGAGAUCACUUCAUUAUAGGUGUAGUGACUGUGGUUCUUGUACUUCCCUGGAAGGGAGUUUUGUGUGUAGGAGGGUUUUGUUGAAUUUCUCCAUUUCCCACCAGAUAAGCACUGUUUUGCUAAUAUGCUGAUACUAAUUAUGAUUCACUGUACAUCUUUGGACAUGAAGGCCGUCUUUAUUCAUGCUUGUAGUCUGGGACUGAAUAAAAUAUCAGGCACCAAACCUGCGGUCACACGCUUUUAGAUAGUGCCAUGAAAAUCAUUCUUUAGAAUGUGUGUAUGUAUAAAUAUAUAUUUUUUUCCUUCUUUUGUCUUAUUGCAGAUACAAAAACAUAAUGUACACAAAUACUUGUUUCAAAGCUUUAGUCUUUUUGUUUCUCUGUAUCAGGAAAUAUAUACUAUUUUUCUUUUUAGCUCUUACCUAUACUAUUUGUGGCAUGUUGCCACAGAAAUUAAUUAGGAUGGCUCAAUCGUGCGCAAAUCAGCGGUAAAAAACAUCAUUUUUGUUUAUAUUCAAAAGCUGUGCUUAAAGGUUGAAAGAAAAGGCAAAACAAACAAAAAAAGAAACUUGUUAAAUUUUUGUUGGCAGCAAAUCUGGUGUGGGAAUGCUUAUUGUAUCCCAUAAAUCUUUGGCCUUAGAGCUGCAUAAUUCACAACUUUUUCAAUGGUCAAAGAGAGACCUUUUAAUUAUGUGGGUGGGGGGGAAUCUAGGGGUGAAGCUGUUCUUAUAAUUUGUGAUUUACUAAGAAGGUAUGCGACUAAAAUGUUAUUUUGGAAAAAGUAUAUAUAUUUUGUUUACACAAGCCAUCUUUUAAAUACAAUUUUUUUUUUCUACUUUAAAAAGACAUUACUGUGCGUAUUAUUGCUGUGGGACUCUGGUUUAACCCCUUAAGGACCAAACUUCUGGAACAAAAGGGAAUCAUGACACGUCACACAUGUCAUGUGUCCUUAAGGGGUUAAAACCAUACACCAAGAGUACUAUUGAGCAAAUACAAAACAAGGACAUUUGGAGAAAAAAAAAAAAACAUGCAUUUUAACCCAAUAGAGGGACUAAUUAAGGAUGCUUAGAAGGAAUGCAGUAUUUAGGAAUAGGUAAAUGGAGACAUAAUCAAGGACAUUGUGUGAAUCAUAACAUAUACAAAGAGAAUAGAUACCAGUAGGGAAGUAUUUAAUCAAUGUUUAUUUUUAUUAACAUGAAGUUAAUAUUUUCUUUUUAUUCACUCUGAGCAGAGUGACCUAAAAUUGCUUGAAAAUUUCUCUUAUAAAUUUACCACUGGUAAAAUAAUUAUUACUGCCCCUAGUAUAUUCACAAUGUAACCGCUUCCAUCUGUUCUUUUAUCAAAUCACAUUACACCAUUAUGCUGGUAUUGGAGAGCUCACUGGCUUCUUCACAAGAACCCCACAGAUGCCGUAGAAUUGUGCUGCCAUAAACACUACGUUGAGCUGUGAUUGUUAUUUUGCUUAUGAUCAUUUUAAUGAGACACCCGUUACUGGCUAUUUGUACGUUUAUUUUGUCACAUCUGUAAAUCCUCUAAUUUAUGGUUAAGUGCAUAAAAAUAUAACCUCCUUUACUGUCGCUUUUUAUUGAACUAUGAUCUCAGUGGGGGCGGAGGGGAGGCAGCCAUUUUGUUUAUCAAGACAAUUUCUACUCAUUAAAUUGUUCUUCUCCAUUGAGCCUGUUUCUGGCAGCCUUUGAGAAAGAAUUGGAGGUGAGUUAGUAAUGGCAGUUUAGCUUUGCAUGCCACUGAACUUUGACCUGCUGAGAGAAACUCCAUAAAACAGAUCAAAACAAUGACAUCAGCACAAAAAAGAGAAUUUAAUACAAAAAACAAUGAAAGGGCAAUAGUGUGUGUGUGUGUGUGUUUUUAUAUAUAUAUAUAUAUUAUAUAUAUAUAUAUUUAUUUUCUGUUGGAAAGCAAUUAGUGUAUCACUGCAGAUGGAAUUUCUGAGUACAAGAACAUAUAGCAUUAUCAAUUUAUCUAGAAUGAAUUUUAAUAAUAAAAUAAGGCUUAAAGGACCACUAAAGUGCCAGGAAAACAUACUCGUUUUCCUGGCACUAUAGUGCCCUGAGGGUGCCCCCACCCUCAGGGUCACCCUUCCGCCCGGCUCUGGGGAGAGGAAGGGGUUAAACACUUACCUUUCUCCAGCGCCGGGCGGGGAGCUGUACUCCUCCUCUCCUCCUUGCGCCUCUAGCGGCUGUCAAUGAGACAGCCACUAGAGGCUCUGGAGGCUGGAUUAACCCUCAGUAUAAACAUAGCAGUUUCUCUGAAACUGCUAUGUUUAUAAAAAAAAGGGUUAAUCCUAGAGGGACCUGGCACCCAGACCACUUCAUUAAGCUGAAGUGGUCUGGGUGCCUAGAGUGGUCCUUUAAGAAAAUAGUAAAAAUAAAUAAAUUAACAAUAAAACCAAAUCACAAAUCUACAUACAACUGUUCCCUUAGCCACCCACACUAAAUAAAUCUAAUGGUACAUUUUGCUGUGUAAUUGAGUCAUAUAGUACCAGGAUCCAACCCAUUAACAAAUGCACAGGACUGUAAGCAAUUAUAUUAUAUUGUGCUUUCUUACAGCAUCUAGACAGAGGAUCGCAAUUGUGAGCAAUACAUCUUGCAAUAUUUGUAAACUCAGACAGGUGGUAUCACAGGUGUGAUGAUGCAUACUCUCAAUAUUAAUAUAUAUUAAUAGUGUACCUAAAAAAAUUUUUGUACAGAUAAAAACAGACAUUUAUGUGCAUCUCUUUUUUUCGCAUUUACUUGUCUCAUAUAUCAUUGAAUUCUCCAUAAACCCGCUACAUUUCUCUUUAAUUGCUUAUAAGGACAAUUAUUUAGCCAUCCAGCAGGCAAUGCUGAGCAGACGUCUGCCAAUCUGCCCCUCUGUCACUUGUUGUUUUGGGUUUUUAUUUUAUUUAAAACAUUUUUUCUUAUAUUCUUUAUUUUUGUGCAUGAAUACAUGGAUAUUGCUCAUAUACAGUAAGAAAGGCAGUGUAGAAAAUUAUAUCCAGCAUGUAAUACAAUGGUCCGCAUAAUUUUUACAUUUUUAUUUUUCGUAAAGUAAGAUAACGAGAGUACUAAGGAAAAACAAAACAAUGGAGCAUAACAAUUGCAUUAAAUGCCUAGUUAGUAAUAAGUAAGUGGUGAGACAAACUAGACUAGCUGAUCUGUUCAGCAUCACAAGGUUACCACCCCAUAGGCCCCUCUAUUUGGAUGGAAGAAAGGUAUAAUAGAUUAGUGGAAAGGCAUAAUAGCACAAAAAGCGGUAAUUUGCCCACAAUUAAAGGAGUAGCUUGUACAUCAGCAGUUCUCUGCAGGGUAGGCUUGCAUGGCCCAAAGAGAGCCGCGUCAAGGCCCCCCGAUCACACUUCAGUUGAUGCCUGUUCUGGGCAGGAUACAGUCCGUAGUAUGAUGCUGUGGAGACGUGUGCUUCAAUCACUUGUGACAAAUUGGUAGAAUGAGCGGUCAGUCCAUGCGGUAUGCACAGUGCUUCCCAUUGCUCUGCAGGUGUCACACUGAACACUGCUCGUGGCUUGCUGUUGACCCGCUUCUGUGUUGUGCCAUGUGAUGUUCACUUUUGGUGCUGCCGGCGUGGUCUGUGCCAUCGGGAACAGGCAGUCAUUGGGCCCAAAGCUUCUCAUCUGCCCCAGGGCCGCCACGCUACCCUUGCAGGUAAGGGAUAUGAUGGGACUUAUGUAGCAGGCUGGAGACACCUCACUGCAGCUCCCUUUCGAACCUGUCAAAGAUGGUGUCCAGCCUGGACUAUGGUGCGUCAGGGGACAUGCAGCCUCCGCCAUGUUAGGUAAGUUUGGGGUUGAGUCGCAGAGUUUAGCAGGACCACAAGUCUCCCAUGGAGUGUAGGGACUAACAAGGUGGGUACCGGGAUUACCCCCACCGGUGCAGAGAGGGGGUAGCGGGGCAUCAGCUCUUUGGUGAUUCAGGUUGGCACACAUCAGGCAAGGAAAUCGGCAGCGUUUCCCUACUACUGCGCUCGCCAGGCCUCGCACUCAAUUUGUGAAGUGCCGUCGUCCGACUGCUGCAAGCAACCGCCGAGCUGGUCAAUAAUGCAGGAUAGCUAAGAGUCUUGGAUUGCUCCGGGUGAAGUGUAGACGGCAAGGGCGACUGGACCAAAUCAAGGCAUAUAUGAGGAGCUCAGUGUAAACACAUCCAGUUGCCAUAGUGGUCAGUCCCUGCCCCCCUCUGUCACUUAUUUUAUACUUUCCUCCACACUCUGCUUAAUACCUGCCUUGAAUCUUGCACAAUAAGUUAUUUAUGCCACAAUGAAAUGGACACUAUUGUCACCAAACCACUUUAGCUUAAUGAAGCAGUCGUGGUGAAUAGACCAUGCCCCUGCAGUCUCACUGCUCAAUUCUCUGCCAUUUAGGAGUUAAAACACUUCCUGUAAAGAGUCCUCUAAUGUUUACACUUCCUUUAUUGCAAAUUCUGUUUUAAUUUAGAAUUUCUCUUACUCUGUUAAUGGCUUGCUAAACCCUGCAGGUACCUCCUGUAUGUAAUAAAGUUUAAUAAACAGAGCAGGCGAUAAUAACUUCUAAAGUAAAAGUUACAUUGGAUUGAAAAUGAAACAAUUUUUUUUAUGCAGACUCUGUGAGACCUAGCCAGAGUAGGUGGACCCAGGGCUGCAUGAACAGGAACAAAAGUGAUUUAACUCCUAAAUGGCAGAUAAUUGAGCAGUGAAACUUCAGAGACACAAUCUAUACACCAAACUACUUAAAUUAAGAUAAAGUUGUUUAGGUAACUAUAUAGUGUCCCUUUAAGGGGACACUGAAAAUACUUACCGCUAUCUACCACUUUGUAUGAAAAUUUGCUCAGAACAAUAACCAGCCUGAAAUGUUUGUUCUGACUGGCUAAUGAUUUUGCCAAAAGUGGAGUUACACUUCUGGUAGCAAAGGGGUUAAACUUCACGUGGCUAUGUUGCUUUUCAAUUGUAGAGCUAAAUAUAUGUAUGCUUUCUAAAAGAGAAUUUGAAAACCUACAAUAAAACUUUGUGGAAUUUGAAGGCAGAAUGCUUGGGGGUAGGGUGGGGCAAGAAGGCCGUUGCAUUCUUUUAUGGUACACAGUCUGCAAACAAUCUGUAGUGGGGUGAAGAAAUACUGACCGAAGUAAUGAAUCUCUCCAUUCACAUUCUCCUUAGAAAUGCUGGCAAAUUUAUUUUGUGAACUAAGCAUAUCCUUGGAUACUUUCAAAAGGUGCCUGACCUUCUCUGUGGAGGCAUUAGUGGCUGCUGUUUCUGUAACCUCACAUUCCAGGACUGCCUUUAACAAAAUAAUCUGUUACACAAAACUGCAGUUGCAGGCUUUUGAAAAUAAAGUUCUGUGCAAAAUAGUUAAAGGGACACUAUAGUCACCAGAAGAACUGCAACUUAAUGUUGUUGUUCUGGUGAGUAUAAUAGUUCUCUUCAGGCAUUUUUUAAAAAAAAUUUCAGAGAAAAGGCAGUGUUUACAUAACCUCUAGGGACACCUCCAAGUGGCCACUGGAGGUGCUUCCUGGGUCAGUGCUUUCAAAAAAGCAACCCUGAUGUUCAGCGUCCCCACGCUCUGCAUGGAGAAGCUGAUUUUUUCUCAUAGAGAUGCAUUGAUUCAAUGCACCUUUAUGAGGAUGUCCUUAUUGGCCAAAACAGGAAAGCAUUGGAUUGUCUAAAAAUCGUCCAUUUUUAUGAUGUCACAAAGGGAGCGGAACCAGCGUCGGCUGGAAAUAAGGUGAGUUUUAAACUUUUAUAGUGGGGCUAAGGGAGGGCAUGCCUCCUAAAUGGUGGGUUAAACACUAUAGGGUUAGGAAUACCUGUUUGUGUUCCUGACCCUAUAGUGUUCCUUUAAAAUAGCCCUCUCUUAUAUCUCUCUCUCCUUCCUUUAUUUAAAAAAAAAAAUAAAAAAAAUAAAAAUUUUUUUAAACCAGUGUAUUAUAUAACUCGAGUACUGUAGUAAUCUAUGCUUUACUCACUGAACACUGAAUUGUAGGGAAUUGAAAGCAACUGCAGAAUUUAGGCCAACAUUUAUUCGCAAUCUGACUAGGAACCUGCAAUUAGAAAUUUUGCUUUUUAGUUUAAAAAAACAAAGUUGCUUUAUAGGAGACAUUCAUUUUAUAGAGUGACACCUAACCACCUUAAUGGACUUGUGAAAUGUGACUCUGGGGAAAUAUUUAUGGUAAAGUGCAGAUAAGAGGACACAAUGGACCAAUCAUUACCAUCCAUACAUGGGUCAAUACCUAGAGGUUUAAUAAAAGUACAUGACCGUUUAUCUAACAAUGCAUAUCUAGGAUAUAUAUUGACUCCAUCAUAAUUUUUAAACACAUUUUUGUCUUUGAGCCCAAUGUGGAGUUAUUUUUUUAUUUAUUUUAUUUUUCUUCCUUUUUUCUCAAUUAUAUUAUGUUUGUAAACAUUUAAAAAUUGUGCAUAUCCUCAAAUACAUGGACUGUGCAAGAUCUACAACUUUUGUUGUUGUUGUUGUUGGUGCCCUUGGCAAAACUUAUAUUUUAAUCCUAUACAGUGACAGAACUAAUACAGAGAGGGCCCAUAUUCAGGGAAUAUAAAAAGGCAUUUAAAAAAGAAAAUGAGACAUUAAAAAGAACAAAACAAAUAACCUACAAAAAAAAUAUAGACCUGAUGAAUUGCUCUAGGUCUUUUUUGUUUUUAAAUACAUUUUUUAAUUUAUAAUGCCCCAUUGGGAAUUAAGUCCGCCUCUCCCCCUCCCCCUCCCCAUUAUAAAAACCUAUUUAAAGCACAAGGUGAAUCUCUUCACGCUGGUUUUCAAACCUUGUUGACAUCAUAGCUUCCCUAACAUGCGAGAGCUUGAAGCCAGUUCAUCAAGGGAGUAAAUAUUUGGAAGAAAAAUGAAAAAAUCUUGGUUGUUAACCAAGCAUUGUUGUUAUUUUUUUUCAUGUGUAAUGCAUGAAUCACUGUUAUCAUACAGUGAGAAAUAAACAACUUAUUUAUAACUGCCUAAGGACAGAGAAAUACCCAAUUAUUGUAUUCUUUUUGUUUUGGUUGUAUAUGUAUCUAGCUUAUUGAAUUGUAGUGCAUCCUCCACUUAAAGAAACUUUGUAUAUUAUUCUUCAGCUUUUCAGGUUGGAGACUGUUAUCCUCAGGAAGGGGAGUGGUGUUUACAAAAGAUUCAAAGAGACAGCCUUAUAGCACAGGUAUCUGCAGAAAUAGUAAGCGGUACAAUUAAAUUUCUCCAACAAAGGCCCUGGGCUGGAUGUGUUUUUUUCAUUUUUGUAUUUCAAAAAGAUUUUGUUUGUUUGGGCCGUGGCUGACUGCACAGCAAGAAAGACAUGCUUUUGAGGAGCACUGUCCCAGAGCAUAAAAGAAAAAAGAGAAUUAUGAUUGAAAAGCUUCAAAAGCCACUCCGUUUAUUGCCUCCCAAACAGUUGACACUAUGGGGAGCAAAAAAAAAAAGGACCCAAGAGGCAUGUAAAUUUCCAGACAUAAGCCUUUCUUUUGACAGGCUUACACCCCUGGUUCUUACUAAGAUGGCACCUGCGGAGCUAAGCAAGAAGGAGGCUUCAGAGGCAUCCUGAGUGGCCCCUACAGUGAGUGCGACUCAGAGGAAGACUCAUCAACAGCACUGAAAGGAGAUGUAAAAAAUGUAUUGCUGGAAUUGAGACGGGUGUGGAAAGCAGACCUACUAGGAACAAAAGCUGAACUGGGGACCCUGCGUCAAGAUUACCGAUGUGCAGUCUAGAGAAAAUGCCAGGGAACAAAGGAUGCAGAUCACCCAAGACUAGUUCCAAGACCUCUCCCAACAAGUCUAGAGACUUACCAGAACAGUAACAGUGCUGGAAGAACAUCCGCCUCAGGGGGGGUGCCAGAAACAAUUGGAGGAGAUGCCUUACUACCUUUUCUCCUACGACUACUAACCUCCAUGGGUGUCAAGGAAGGUGCCAACAAGGGCAAAUGUAACCUUGGCGUUCCGAAUCCGAAAAACUGCAGCUGCUCCUGCUUAUGCUCCAAGAGACACAUCGCAGUGACAAAAAACAUAGCGGUUCGGUCCGCUGUAAUGGCCCGUUCUAGAGAGCUUGGUGUGUGCUUUGAGGGCUGUAAUGUAGCUAUCUGAGACACCAGCUGCUAGACAGUUAUGAGAUGCUGCAAUUAAGUAUAGGUGGGGGAUAGGCGGCUCACUAGUAGUUCAGCAGGGAGUCACCCUAUGCUCAUCUGUGGACCAGACGAUCUUGCUCUUGCGUCUGAAUUUGCUUAAAUCCAACCAAAUAGAAGCCCGUAAGGCUGGAAAAAGCGCAAAGUGCUGACUCAUACUACUGGUUAUACUGACUAGCUGACUCCUACACUAUUGAUGCUGCACAAGGAUUUUAGUGUUCAUUCACAUAGCCUAAAGACCACAGUAUUGUGUGAGAAUAUAGUUAAAAGGACACUUUACUCACCUGAACAACUUUUAGCUUAAUGAAGCAGUUUUGUUGUAUGGAACAUGCCCCUGCAGCCUCACUGCUCAAUCCUCUGCCAUUUAGGAGUUAAAUCCCUUUGUUUAUGAACCCUAGUCACACCUCCCUGCAUGUGACUUGCACAGCCUUCCAUAAACACUUCCUGUAAAGAGAGCCCUAUUUAGGCUUUCUUUAUUGCAAGUUCUGUUUAAUUAAGAUUUUCUUAUCCCCUGCUAUGUUAAUAGCUUGCUAGACCCUGUAAGAGCCUCCUGUAUGUGAUUAAAGUUCAAUUUAGAGAUUGAGAUACAAUUAUUGAAGGUAAAUUACAUCUGUUUGAACGUGAAACCAGUUUUGUUUUCAUGCAGGCUCUGUCAAUCAUAGCCAGGGGAGGUGUGGCUAGGGCUGCAUAAACAGAAACAAAGUUGUUUAACUCCUAAAUGACAGUGAAUUGAGCAUUGAAAUUGCAGGGGAAUGAUCUAUACACUAAAACUGCUUUAUUUAGCUAAUGUAAUUUAGGUGACUAUAGUGUUCCUUUAAGCUACAAAUAAAAGCUCCUACGUAUUUUACUUUGUUUCUCCUUCAGUAGUUUCUCCCUCAACCUACCUACUGAUUAUUUAUACCUUGGGGUCGGGCACAUGCCAAACCAGUUAACCAUAGCUCAUGACACAAGUUACAGGCCACUCAUAUAAAGAUUAAAAUUGCCAAGAUCUGUGUAAUGCCUCUUACAUAAUUUAUUAUACCAUUGUUAUCAUCAUCUUUGGCUACUCUAUUACUGCAAAACAGUUGUAUUUUGUAAGUGUAAACUACAAUCAAAUACAAAUAGGGAGGAAAAAAGAACUGUGUCCAUAAAUGUUGCCUACCAUUGUUGUCAUUUGGCGGAAGCCAGGAAAAUCUCCAGACACUAAAUUCUGAAUAUUCAUGAAUUAAAUCUGAAUGUGAAAACUGUGGCAAAAAUUUGCUUAUCUCUAAAAAGAAGAAAAAAAUUAGAGCCUUAACUUGGCUAUUUUUGCUCUAGUAGUUCCAUUCAGAUUUAAUUAUUUAAAUUCUGAGUUUAGUGAAUAGCCUGUAAGUGUCAAAAUCUGAGUCUCUGAUUAACACUGAUGGUGAAAUAUCUGCUAAAUUGUUUGCAAAUUGAUAUUGACAGCUAUCAUUCCUGAUGAUCUGGAGGACUUUGUGUGGGUUAGCCUACGACGACAGAGAAGUUUGGAAUUUUUUACAUCUUUUAAACAAAUCACAUAUGGGUGGCGUAGUAAUUAAUGUCUUUAAUGUUGAAAAAGCAUUUUCAUGUCUCUGAUAAUUCCUUGAGAUAAUCUUUACCGAAUCUAAAAGCCUAUUUCCGAAUGAUAGGUAUGGUGAAGGCACACUCCUUGAAAUCCCCACCCGAGUGGGUUCUCUUGGACUCUUUAAGCUCACUGUGGACAAGAGUGCAAUAUUUUAAUCUUUUACUAAAACACACCAGACAACUUCUAUCCAACUUUCUCCAGACCAUCCAAUUAUCCUUGAAAACCUGGUACACUUAGUGAUAUAACUUGUGUAUUCAAAACCCCAUCUAUGUGGAAACACCAAUACGUGUUUCUCUCUUUUUUUUUUUUAUAUCUGCAUUUGAUUGUAGGCCUUAGUUUGCAGCAGGAAUUGCUCACCUGUUCCAGCUCCGUGUGUAUGGGAAAACCGAUCAUUUAUACGUUUUGAUAUAAAAUAUAACCUGAGACCCACAGCCUUGCUCUUAUACAAAUCCAUUUAUGAGAUCUAUAUCACUCAGAAGCCGUGAUCCUCUAAAGGCGUCUUAUUCAAGUUUUUAAUAGGGUGUCCAUUCUUAAAAUGUUAUCGACCUGUUAAAUGUUUCCCCAUAUUGUCCCGCAUAUAUUAAAUCUGGUAAAGACAUUGGAUGUGAAAAAGAUUAGGUGUGUUGAUGCAGCUAUUACAGAGCAUAGAGUGUAGACAAACUAUACUUUCCAUCUAGAACAAAUCUAGAAGACCGUCUACAGAUGGUACCUGGUCCUGAUCAAAUUGACCAUAUGAAAACAAACACACUGAUCAGCCACAACAUUAAAACUAUCUGCCUAAUAUCGUGUAGGUUCUCCUUGUGCAGCCAAAACAGCUCUGAUGCAUUGAGGCAUGGACUCUCCAAGAUCUAUUACCAUGUCCUGUGAUAUUUGUCACCAAGACCUUAUCAGGUGAGGCCUCCAAGGAUCAGAUUUGUUGUUUCAACACCUCCUACAGAUGCUCAAUUGGAUUGAGAUCAUGGGAAUUUAAAGGCCAAGGCAACAUCUUGAAUGGUUUGUAAUGUUCCUCAAACUAUUCCUGAAUAAUUCUUGCAGUGUGCACAAUCCUGCUGAAAGAGCCCACUGCCGUCAGUGAUCACCAUUGCCAUGAAGGGAUGUACGUGGUGUGCAAACAAUCUCUAGGUAGGUGGUACAUGUCAAAGUAACAGCGACAUGAAUGCCCAAGGUUUCCCAGGAAACCAUUGCCCAGAGCAUAACACUGCCUCCGCCGAUCUGAAUUUUUCCCUUAGUGCACCCAACUGCAUUCUCUUCCCCAAGUAAAUGAUGCACCCGGCCAUUCAUCUGGGCUAAAAGAAAACCUGAUUCAUCAGACAAGGCAACUUUAAAAAAAUAAAUUGCACUGUAGUCCAAUUCUUAUGUCCCCAAUGAAGACACUUUCAGCAUUUGACCGGUCUGUAGUUACGCAGCAACCUAGGCCGCACUGUGUGUUCUGACACCUUUCAGUCAUGGCCAACAUAUUUCAGGUAUUCUAGCUACAGUAGCUCUUCUGUGUGAUUGGACCAGAUAGGCUAGCUUUCGCUCCCCACGUGCAUCAGUGAGCCUUGGACGCACAUGAUUCUGACAGCAGUUUAUUGUUUUGUUUCAUCCUUGCACCUCUUUUGGUAGGUAUUAACCACUGCAUACCAUGAACACCCCUCUAGAUUAGCGGAUUUGAAGAUGCUCUGACUCAGUAAUCUAGCCAUAACUAGUUGGCCCUUGUCAAAGUCACUCAGAUCAUUUUGCUUGCCCAUUUUUCCUGCUUCCAACCCAUGAAAUUUUAAGAACUGGCUGUUCACAUGCUGCCUGAUAUAUUGCAUCCAUUGGCAGGUGCCAUUGUAACAAUAUAAUCCAUGGUGUUCAUGUCACCUGUCUGUAGUUUUAAUGUUGUGGCUGGUUAAGUGUACAAAACAAGUUUGCUGGAGACCCUCACUCAUUUUAUCAAUUAAUCAAUUUAGGGAUCUAGGAUUCAUAUAUAAUGGAGCCUCUCUUAAUUACCCCAGUAUUAGACCUUGGUUCAUUAUAUUGUCCUACUAUCCACAUCUUAAGGUUUUGUUGCAUGAAGCAUUUCUGAAUGUGUCCUAUGAAAAUAUAACCCACUGUCUGAACAAUGGAACAACUUGUUAGUGGCAUAGGAGAUGAUACUUUCAUGCAAUGAUUUGUGAAUGCUCUGUAUAUAGAGCAGACAUUCAAUGGUUAUGAAGAAUUGUAUGUGUGGAUAGCCGCCUCUGACCAACUGAAUCUGGCUACUAAGUGACAUUUGACUUUGUUGUACUUUUGUUUUAUUUAUUUUUUCUUUAGUUAUAAUUUUUGUCUUAUUGUUUUCAGUGAAAUUACAUGUAAUUCCAGUAUUAUGUUUAUGCCACUUGUAUAACAUUUAAGGAAUAUUGAUGCUUGGCGAUUUUUUUUUUUUUUAUUUAUUUUUUUUUUAUUUGCAAAAUAUGGAGUUUUUACACACGUUUAAGAAGUAGGUUUUACUAAAUUUGGCUAAUUUUAGAGUCAAAGGGCAUCUCCAACCACCAUGACCACUUCUGCUUUUAGAAAUGGUCAUGGUAGUGUUUCUUCUUGAAAUGAUGCACAUACAGAGAAAUCUACAGCUAUGUGCAACUAGCUUAAUGAAGUGGUCUGGGUGCCUGGUCCAGCUAGGGUUAACCCAUUUUUUCAUAAACAUAGCAGUUUCAGAGAAACUGCUAUGUUUAUGAAUGGGUUAAGCCUUCCCCCUAUUUCCUCUAGUGGCUGUCUCAUUGACAGCCGCUAGAGGCGCUUGCGUGCUUCUCACUGUGAUUUUCACAGUGAGAGCACGCCAGUGUCCAUAGGAAAGCAUUAUGAAUGCCGGGGAGGAGAGGAGGAGGAUCGGAGGAGGAGAGCUCUCCGCCCAGCGCUGGAAAAAGGUUUUAACCCCUUUCACCCUUCCAGAGCCAGGCGGGAGGGGGACCCUGAGGGUGAGGGCACCCUCAGGGCACUAUAGUGCCAGGAAAACAAGUAUGUUUUCCUGGCACUAUAGUGGUCCUUUAACCCCUUAAGGACCAAACUUCUGGAAUAAAAGGGAAUCAUGACAUGUCACACAUGUCAUGUGUCCUUAAGGGGUUAAGCAGUCCGCCCCACCUCCCUCAGUUCUCAACAUUUUUUAUUUAUUUUUGUUUUUAAAUUUAUAAUUAAAACCUUCCCUCUUCUCAUUGGCUUCAGAGCACGUGUCUGUGCUGUGAGCUGGUGAAAUGGUCAUAUCAAAUGUUUCUUUAUCAUAAGUAUUUGAAUGGACCACCGAAGAGGCUGUGUAAUGACAGAUGGGGUGUUUAAACGAAGAUAGGACGAGGAGCGAGGAGUACCUCGUCCCGCGGUUGAUUUGAGGGAAGUUUUAAUCUAUUUAACAGUGUUUAUUGAAGUGGGUGGGCAAGAUCAAUUAUGCCCAAUAUGGCAUCAUAAAGCUAAACAACCUUGUCAAGAAAAGGGUUGUACCUACUCUUUAAAUGUGCAGUCAGGCAAGUGCAUUAAUAUAUUGCAAAAUAUAUGUAAUUAUGCUGUUGGCUAGAACUCCUUUUUAAAUCUUAAGAUGGUCAUCCGGAAACAUUACAAGUGAUAAAAACUUUUUUGUAAUUUUGUUAAUUUCACAGGCAAGCUAGUACCAUGUCACGGCGCUCCAACACCAUUCAGGAUAUGUUCCAGAUUAUAUCUGACCACCUGAUGCAAGCUGAAAAUAUAGUGCAAUAUGUAAGUAAAAUGCUCAUUUUUAACAUACAUUUCUGUUGCAUGACUAACUAUAUAAGGCCCACCCUGUUUAUAAUAAACUGCAAGUCUGGGGCAAAAAUUUAGUGUCAGAAAUAGAUUUAUGGUUGGUCUUAAAUUAUCCUGACCCUUAAUGUACAAACUACGUUUCCCUCUCCACAUCCAUAGCCAUAUAGAGGAAGGAGGAAUAGAGCAGCUGAUAAAGGGAGGGAAAUGGGGUUCCAAACACACUCCUCUCUCAUUACUACUUGUAUUCAUUCAUGCAAUGACCCUUUUGAAAUAUGUGCAUCUGAUCAACACAUGCUGAUUUGUAACUGUGAAUCAAAACAAAAUUCUGUUUUGUGUGCAUUUGUGCUGGUAUGAGACUUUAUAGGUUUGGCUUAUAGGUUAGGACUUUUAAAAAAGGUAUUUUAGAACCACGCUGUUGUUGACUGUGAGAUUUGACUAUGGCUAAAAUAACUCCCAAAUGCAAGCCUGGUAUAGCCUACUUCUUGGAAGUGGCAAUGAUGAUCUCAACAUUACUUUUUAUUUUUAUUUAUUUUUUUAUUUUUUAGGUGUUCAUUUCUAGGCCUCAACUUCUGUUGCUCCCUGAAUGUCUUUGAAUUUUAGUAGGGUAUCUGUGUAAGAUAAGUCGCAAAUUAGUUGUAUGUCUUCUGCUAAACAUAUGCAUGUGUUUAAUAUAUUAAAGGGACACUAUAGUCACCAGAAGAACUACAGCUUAAUGUAGUUGUUCUGGUGAGUAUAAUAGCUCCCUUCAGGCAUUUUCAUGUAAACACUUCCCUAUGGGAAAGCAUUGGAUUGGAUAAAAAUCGUCCAUUUUGGUGAUGUCACAAAGCGGGCGGAGCCAACGCCGGCAGACCUGCGCAGCCUUAGAAAUAAGGGAAGUUUUAAACUUUUAUAGGGGGGCUAAGGGUGGACAAGCCACCUUAAUGGUGGGUUUAGCACUAUAGGGUCAGGAAUACAUGUUUGUGUUCCUGACGCUAUAGUGAUCCUUUAAGUAAAGAAUCCCCAAAUUUUAUAUAGAUUUUCGACUGCCUCCUUUCUAAUGUGGUUUUUUUUUGCAAAUGAGGUUACAGGUUAUUAGAUUCUGCAUCUAGCAAUUUGGUAUGUUCCUUUUGAUUAGAUUUUCCCAUGCCGCCUUUCAGAUCAAUAGGUGAUUUAUUACAUUGCAUAUGCUUGUAUUUGUACAUUAAAGGAACACUAUAGGAUCAGGAACAAAAUGUGCAAAACCCACCAUUUAGGUAGCUUGCUCACACCCCUUAAGCCUUCUUAAAAGUUGAUAAAACGCACCUUUAUUUCCAGCGCCGCGUGGGUUUGACAUCACCAGAAUUGCAGAUUUUUAGCCAAUCCAAUGCUUUCCCAAUAGGCGAGGGGUUGGGGCCAAACACUGUUUUGGCCAAUCAGCACCUCCUCAUAGAGAUGCAUUGAAUCAGUGCAUCUCUAUGAGGACAAUUCAGCAUCCUUAUGCAGAGCGUGGAGUCGCUGAACAGAACUGCUGCCUACUGUGCAGCACUGAGCCAGGAAGCACCUCCAGUGGUCAUCUAAGGAGUGGCCACUUGGAGGUGUCCAUAGAGGCAAUGUAAACACUGCAUGAAAAAUUCCUGCAUUUAAUGAUUUAUACUCAACAGAACAACUACAUUAAGCUGUAGUUGUUCUGGUGACUAUAGUGUCCCUUUAAAUAUUAUUGCUUAGAGCGAAGUUUGCAUAUAGUGUUAAAGGAUCACUUUAGUGUCAGGUGAAAACCGGUUAAAACCCCUUCAGUUACUCACCUUCUUCCACUGCCGGGCUCCCUUACCUCUCCUCCCCCGCCGACGCCAGUUCCCCCGUCUGACGUCAGUGGAGCGGAAUGCGCAUGCGCGGCAGUGCUGCGCGCGCAUUCAAAGUGUCCAUAGGAAAGCAUUUUUCAAUGCUUUCCUAUGGACGCUCUGCGUGAUGGAGGCACUAGAGGCUGGCUUAACCCCAAAUGUACAGUUGCAGAGUUAACCCUAGAGGGACCUGGCACCCAGACCACUUCAUUGAGCUGAAGUGGUCUGGGUGACUAUAGUGUCCCUUUAAUGAUGCCAAAUGUCAUCUAUUAAUAACAAUGGGAAUAUGUGCAUAAAAGACUUGGAAAUUAGGAAUAGGAAUAGAAAGCCAAAUUUGAAAGGUUAGGACAUAUUCUAUUUAGGAAUGGAGUUUAAAAUAAAGAGGCAUUGUCACAUCUGCAGGAUUUCAAGUAUUUGGUUUACUAAUCGAUAUAUAUUUAACAAAUAUGUAUUUGUGAGCUGACAAAAAUUAAAUUAAAUCUAGAAAGCUACACCAAAUUGUCCUGCAAUUGGGUGCUUCCAUUUUAGCUCUCUGUCAAUCAUUUUUCUAAGCUCUGUCCUUUAAAACUGGCAGUCAAUCUAGAGGAAACUUACAGAGAAAAGGAGAAAUUCAACGUUGCUAUUAUUUCUCCUGUCAUGUGCAAUGGAUUUACCUGGUCUCAACUGGCUUAUGAUAAAUUUUUGAAAAGAUCGUAUUAUGUAAAAGAAAUUCACCUUUAAAUGACCACUAUAGGCACCCAGACCACUUCAGCUCAAUGAAGUGGUCUGGGUGCCAGGUCCAUCUAGGGUUAACCCUGCAGCUGAAAACAUAGCAGUUUCAGAGAAACUGUUAUGUUUACAUUAUGGUUAAUCCAGCCUCUAGUUGUUGUCUCUCUGACAGCCACUAGAGGCACUUCCGCGCUUCUCACUGUGAAAAUCAGUGAGAAGACGCUGAGGUCCAUAGGAAAGCAUUGAGAAAUGCUUUCCUAUGGACUGUUUGAAUUUGCGUGCGACUCUUGCAGCGCAUGCGCAUUCAGCGCUGACGUUGGAAGAGGAAGGAGAGUUCUGCUGGAGAAAGGUAAGUGUUUAACCCCUUCAGCCCAGCGGGAGGGGGGCCAUGAGGGUGGGGGGGGGGGGGAUAUAAAGACCCUAUAGUGCCAGGAAAAUGAGUUUGUUUUCCUGGCACUAUAGUGGUCCUUCAACUUGUGUUCCCCCUUCAAGGUUUUAUUAAAUGGUGUUCAUGCCGGAGAAGUUAUUUUCCUUUUUAAUUUAAAAUUUUUUUUUUCUAACCAAAUACAAAAACAGACCAAAGCUAUUACAUUUUACUUUUUAUACAUUUGCACAGACAAAAAAAAUGGAUUAGCAAUAGUAAAAAAUGUGGCACCAAAGAUCAGUAGAACCUUAAUUUUGACAACACUAGAAUAUCAAACCCGCCAUAAGGAGUAUUUUCUUGACAGAAAGUUUAAUAGUUUAUUUUUUUUUUUUUGCUGUGAAUACUUACUGCAAGCUAUCAUUUUAAUUUUAUGUUUAGUUAUGUCUAAAAGGCCUAUUUUUUUUUUUUUUUUGGUGUCUCUAUUUGCAAUAGGUUUUUUAUUUUGCUGCGAAGAAAUAAUAAUAAUAAUAAAGUAAAUAUUUAUAUAAAAAUAUUUCAGGAAAUGAAAACUGGAGAUGGUCAGAUUCGAAGUAAGGAGGUUGAUGAGGCUCUUGGAAUUGCCAAUGAGCAGAUGGAAAUGGCUGAUGGCAUGAUACGGGAAAUGAUGAACAUGGGCCACCAAUGUGAUGGUUAUAAUAGGAGGUAAUCAUCUACACAAACAUUUUACAUGUGACCGAGGUCUGAAAUGGCUCAAACUAAUUUUAAUUUAAUUUUUUAAAUUUUGUAGGAUGCUUCAGCUUCAGGAUCAACAGCGUGCCCUUCAUAAAGCAAUUCAAAGUUCUCGCAUGCGCAAAGGAUCUCGGGGAGCGAGUGGUGGUGGUGGUGGUGGUGGUGGUGGCUUUUCAUCGCAGAGUGGGUCAGGAUGGGAUGAUUACACAAAGCGCACCACUACAGAAACAUUAAAUCAGAUACGACAACACAGGGUAAGUGAAUUUUAAAGGUUGUUUCUUUUUUUUUUUUACUUUUUACUAAAGCUGCUCUGUGCACGCUCCCAUCUACUGUGGUAAGGUCGGAAGAGCGACCUAACUGUUUUUGUAACAUUUGACAAUGAUAUGACUGGCGUAUAAUGCAUUUGUAAGUGUUCGGUUAAACACAGGGCACACGUGAAGCAUACGUUUGGUAAUCGGGACACCUGUUCUUUAGGCAACUGAAAGGCUUCCUUGAAUAACUGGGUUUCUAGGAAAAUCGGGCUAUCCCUAAUUCGAUCACAAUAUAGUGAUCGGUUUUGACCAUAUACAGUGUCUGAACUUGGUUGAACUGCAUUUUUCAUGAUUUUUAUCUAGCUCUGACAUAAGGCAAAAAAAACAAGUGAGCUGAAGUGGUUAUGGUAUUUAUAACUUUUGAAGUACAACUGCAGUGACAUUCUGCUGUAAUUUUUUUAUGGUUUCCCUUAGAAAAAUCACAUUGCAUUUAAAUUUUGAUUACAUCUUCUGAUGUGAACGACUUCAGAAGAAUACAUUUCUAGCUUGUCUGAUUGUGCCUUGUUGAAGCAAAUUCUUGUUUCGGCUCCUAGUCAGAAUGCAUGACUCAUAUGUCUAGUCUGGCAUUUGGUGGAUUGUGAAGUUCUUAGUGGCUGUGUGAGUUUUUAAUUUUUUUCUUCUUGAACUGAUGCCAUUAACCCUCAGGUGUAGGUGUAUCUUAGUAUAGCAUGUUUCUUCACAAAUGAUACAUUCCUCUUCUGAACAUCCUUCUUAUUUUGAAUGAGAUUUUGAUAAAGUGGCACAACUUUCCACAGCUAGAAAGUGAAUCUACUGUGUGUAUACAUACACUCAAUCACCACUUUAUUAGAUAUAAUACUUAUAAUACUGGAUAGGAAGAUAGGCUAUUCUGCAUAGUGCUGUUGAAAAGUAUGAUUAUUCCAAUUAUUGUUGUCUUCUCGGCUCCUUGAACCAGUCUUACCAUUCUUCUUUGAGGUCUUAAUACAAAUGCAUUUUCAUUCACUCGCACCACUUCUGUGCGCUGGAUGUUUAUCAUUUUCCCCCCACCAUUCUUUUUGAAGUCUAAAGCAGUGGUUCCCAACCCAGUCCUUGACACUCGAACAGUACAGAAUUUCCCAACCUGGGCUACUGGUGUGGAUUCAAGAGUUGGGAACCACUGCACUAAAACAAUUAUGUGUAUAAAUAUCCCAGGAUAUCCACCGUACCUGAAAUACUCAAACCUAUUUUAGAUUACAAUUCUUCAACAUUAUGAUGUUUUGGUUUGAACAGCAACUAAACCUCUUGACGUUGUCUGUGCUUUUAUACAUUGAACACCUCUUAAAAUGUUUUGCCCAUUUGGGCAGUGGAGUGUUCCUUUAAACAAGGCCAUAAACAUCCCAGCAAGACCUAUAACAGAUGUAUUGCUGAAAACCAUUAUGUGCACUGUACCACUUUAUUGAUUUAUUUACCAUUUGUAAGGCACCAAAAUACACAAUGCUGGACAGUUACUUAUAAAAUGUGAAUGUCUGCGUUAAGGAAUGUUCAUCCGUAAUACAGCUGUGUGUGUGUAUAAAAAUAUAAGACAAAGGAAAUUUAUUUGUUUUUUGCCUUGUUUAUAAUUUUUUUUUUUUUAAAUGUAUUUAUUUUUUCUCUUUACAGCGUCAGAUGGAGCUUGUGGACUGGGGGUUUGACGCAAAUUCAGUUGAGCAGCAAAUUAACAAUCACAGAGUGUUCCAUAAUGCUAUUGCUGAAUACCGAUGGGAACUAGACAAAAUCAAAGUUGAUCUGGUAAUUUUCUACUUUUUUUUGUGUGUUUUAAAAAAAAAAAAAAAAAUACAAAUCUUUUCUAUGACUUAUGUAAGUUGUCAAAUAUGUUAGCAAUUGAUUUGAUUACUUAGGGGACAUGAGGGCAUUCCAACAUGCUGUAGUGGUUAUGAUGGAGUGUUACUUUAAUGUUCUGGUUUUAUAUCUAGUCUUUGAAAGACUGACAAUACCUUCACCUGUUUUUACUGAUCUACAUUGUAUACUGAUCACAUGCAUAAUCUUAGUGUUUGACAUUGGUGAAUUAUGAAUUUGCUAAUGGUUAAUUUUUAUUUAUUUUUUCUUUAGAGAGAAAAGGGAGCAAUUUAUCAAAUAGAGGAGGAAUACGAUGUGUUAUUGGUAAGAAUGUUUAUUUUUAAGGUUUUUUUUUUUUCCUUGUCUUUCCUUUUUCCUCUUCUCCUCACUUUUAACUCUCCUCUCAUAAUCUACUGAAGAAAUAAUGCAUCUACUAAUAUACCAUAAUGUAUGGCAAUUGCCAUUAUUAUCUCGUAAAACAAAGAUUUAUUAUUUUGCAGAAAGCAUCUUUUGAAAGAAUGGAUCAACUGCGUCAGCUGCAGAACAUCAUCCAAGCGACCUCCAGAGAAAUCAUGUGGAUCAAUGACCGUGAAGAGGAAGAGCUGGUGUAUGAUUGGAGUGACCGGAACACUGAUAUCCCGAGAAAGCAGGAGGCCUUCUCUGUAAGUUAGUCUAUGGCUGUCCAAAGGACAUGGGGUCAUUCGAAUACUGUGCAGCUUUGAAUGCAAAAGAAGUUCAAGUUUUUACAUUUUUUAAAUAUUUUCUGGGGACUUUACCUUUUGGCAGGAAAGCCAUUGUGUACAGAUGUAGUGAAUUGUGCCACUUUGGAAAAUUUCUCAGCAUUUGCAAUUCUGUUUUCAAUUCACUACAGGUUAAUGAUUAAAUCUUGUUUACUUAAAAUUCAAACCAUAAAUACCCUUUUUUAUCGAUGAAAACCCAAUGCUGUUUUUGUUUUGCUCUUUAGUUGAUCUUAUUAUUAAAUCUUAUUGUUCUUUUAGUGCCUUCAGUCCUUACUCCCCUCUGUCCUAUCCCCCAAAAUCUUUUAUUAUAAUAAUUAGAAGGCUUGGAAGUGCAGCUUCAAGCCAAGUCUCCAAUCACUCUUGGUAUGGGAGCUGGGACUGUUACUUCCUGGCUCUCAUACCUAUACAUACCAUGAUGCCAAUUGUGCAUUCGCAGUGCCGUUACAGUCUGACAUAAAGAAUUAUUGUAUUCAAUGAUUCUCUAUAAGCGAACCAUAGACACAUUGAUACAUAGCCGCAAGUGCCGCACAUGUGCUUUUUGUCCCCAAUGUCCCUCUGAGGAGCAUUGGAUUGGACUGUCAUCCUGAAUGACAUCAUACAAGGAGAGGGUCACAGCGGCGCCAAACAAGACGUGACUCUCUAAAGAAGGUAAGUACAUUUAUUUGUUUUUCGUUUGGUUUUCAAACACACUGGGGGGCCCUAAAACUAAGGAGGGACUUUAAAACUGUAGCGUUAGGAAUACAGGUAUGUGUUCCUAACUCCACCGUGUCCUUUUAAAAUUAUCUGCAGAUUUAGUUUUUAUUCAUUAUUCAAUUCUGCAAAAGAGUCUGCUCUAGAUGAUCACUUUGCUUUUUCUUCUCCCCUAGAAACUCAUGAGUCAGUUGGAAGUUAAAGAAAAAGACCUCAACAAAGUCAAGCAGGAAAGUGACCAGCUGAUCGCCAACCAUCACCCAGCAUCCGAUAAGAUUGAGGUAAGUGUAUACUAAACAGAAAAUUUUACACCCGAAAUAGCCUUGACCUGUGUAACCAUGGUGUCCGUUUAUGUCGCCACUGUUUAUUCAAUAAAAAGUUUGUUGAUGGGGGAAAAAACAUUCAGUUUCUUGUCAAACCCACCUUGUAGCAGAAUGGUGAGAAACCUACCUCUUUCUUACAAAAAUAUAGCACUAUUAUAGAGCUCUGUUUACACCCCUGCCUGAUAGAGCUUGAAGAGUUUAAAUACCUGAUGGACUUGACUGUGACAUAUGAAGAAUGAAACUUGACCCACAAGACCUCUUACCACAGAUGUUUACAGUAUCAUACACUCUAUCAUACUUGCAAUUCAUGCUGUUCUGUAAUAUACUAUGCUCUUACAAAACGUUGUCUAUUGGAUUUUAGAAUAAUAUGUAAUUUUACCAACUUUGGAUGUGGUUAGUAUUCUGUUUGUAGAAUAAUGGCUAUUCCAUAGCGAUGUGACCUGUUCCAUGAAUUACUAUGGUGAACCAUAAAUAAUAAUGGAUCUUCUAUCGAUCGUUUUGAAUUAUAGAAGGGAUGCAUUUACGAAAAAGAUUUCAGAUCCUGGAAAUGUAUUAUUAGUCAGAAACCGUCCUUCUUGAAUGUAUUUCACAAACAUUGCCACUAUGGGGGUAUGCAUAUUCUAAUACCCAAUUUUAAAGUAUUUUCUCUGCAUUUAUAUCGAAUAAAUGUUCUGGCAGCUGGGUCCAGUUCUAAAUGUCUCAUGAUAAUCCGCUUGUGGUCACUUAUGCAUGGGAAAAUUAUGCCUGUCAUGCAUAUACUUGCAGAACAUCUCAGGAAGAUACAGUGUUUCAAAAUUCCAUGCAAGGGAGUGUAUUUUAUAGUUUUCAUCUGCACAUCCUAGCUCAUUACUCCCUUUAGAAGGGAGUAGAAAAGGAAGUGGAUGGAUCUGUAGGGCAAGAAGACUGAAUGAUGAGAGACUUGGCAAUAAGGCUAAACUUUCACAAAUGCUCACUUCUUUGGCUUGGAGGACGCAUGUGACAUUCAGUGACAGGAAAAGACCUUCUACUUUCGUUGUGAUCUUCUCAAGUAAUACCAAUAUAGAGUAUUUGCUUAAAUGCUUAUUGAAUAGCAAAGUCUUUCUAUAUUUUAUCUCUAUAUAUGAGGUAAAUAGGGAAUACUAGUAUAACCUAUGUCAUACAAACUUUUUACAAGCUCCUAACCAAACAAUAUUUUAUUUGAUAUUUAUUUGUUUUAUUAAUAUAACAGACUUUCUAUAGCAAUGAUGUUCCAUGAGACUUAAAACUGUUGGUUCUCUGUCCCUUUCAGGCAUACAUGGAUACGCUACAGACUCAGUGGAGUUGGAUCCUACAGAUUACCAAGUGCAUUGAUGUUCACCUGAAAGAAAAUGCUGCAUAUUUUCAGGUAAGUUCUUCUGCUUGUACUAUAUUCCUGUAGUAUUUGAAUUUAUUUUUUAUUUUUUUAAGAUUCUUUAUUUGUAUACUCUCUUUGUAAUUAGAACAAUGCAAUAAUGCCAAGACAGGGUUCCGAAUUGCGCUACAAUGCAGAACCAACGACUGCUAUAAUACAAACUUAAUGAGAAACAAUUUGACGGUUGUACUGAAUGCGUGAGUUGAGGGUCAGUCAGGUUCCUCUGGAAGAGGAAUGUUUCCAUCCAUUAGCAAGGGCUCCUUUAGGGACUAGAAGACUGGCCCUGACCACGGCCCCUCUAGGGAUAUUGACAAUCUGGCCUCUGCACAUGGGCCGUCAGGCUUGUGGGGUAUUGUUAUCGGGGGGAAGGCUUCAAAUAUUGCUACAGGGUCUAGCGGUAGUAGGAGUAAGUGGUGUUUAGACUGUACCCCGUAAAAAUGUUAUGGUUAUGUAGAGCUGGUUAGUUCUUGACAGUGUAAUGUUAUAUGUGGGAAAGAGAGGAAAAGACUGAGUGGAGGAGAGGUAAAUGCUGACCCUUGAGCAGCCAAAAUUAAGACAGUGGGACCAAGCGUUCGUAGCCAAGGCCCCAAACCUGGAGUGGAAGUCGGAAGUUCAGGGUUGGGUGGGGGGGGCGGCACGUGAUACCUUUUGAGUGUUGUAGAGUAUUUAUUUGUAAGAGAGAAUAUUAUCGGAGUUAAUCAGAAGUUUACCAAGGGAGUGAGGGGUCUCCAUUGAGCUAGGUGUCCCAAGUUUUAUGAAACGUUUUCGGGGAGUCAUGGACUUGCAGAAUCAGCUUUUUAAAGCCUUUUGUAGUUGGGUUUAAUAGCCUUUUGCAUAAAUAUUGAGUAGGUGCAAGGUAGCAUUUUGAGCUUUUCUAUAUAUUAUUAAUAUUGCUCUGUAAUAAAUCUAGGAUAUGUAGCAAUGUGUUAAGUGUUAACUAGUGUUAAGUGCAGACUAUGAGUAGUUGGUUAAUUGCUUAAAUCUACUGACCUAACAAACACCAAAUAUUUUUUUCUUCCAAACUACUGUGUAAUCUAUUUCUGUGAAUCAUGUAAUGGCAUAAAUUAAUACUUGGAUUAUUUACCCAUCACCACCCCAGUUUUUUGAAGAGGCACAAGGGACAGAAACUUAUCUGACGAACCUCCAAGACACCAUAAGAAAGAAGUAUCCUUGUGACAAAUCUAUGUCACUGCAACGUGUCCUGGAAAUGAUAAAAGACCUAGAGGUAAAAUAAUUUGGAUUUCACUAAAAAAAUAAUAAUAAUAAAAAAAUAAUAAAAUUAAAAAAAUAUCACUUGCAAAAAAUAAAUUGUAUAUUUGCUAUGUUAAUGCAUUUUUAUUAUAUCAUCUUAGUUACUGCAAUAAGUGACUUUUUCUAAAUUUCUUUAAUUGAUUUACAACAAUGGCUAAUGGUACUGUAGCAACAAUAUUUGGUGAUUUAUUUAUUUCCCUCCUCUUUUUAUAUACUUUUAAAAAGCUGACUUAUUUCCAAUUAAUGUUUGUACUUUUUAUUUUUUUUUUCAGAGAGAACGAGAGAAAAUUAAUGAAUAUAAAAGACAGGUGCAAAAUCUGGUAAAUAAAUCCAAGAAGAUUGUUCAACUUAAACCACGCAACCCAGAUUACAAGAGUAAUAAGGCCAUUGUCCUCAAAGCUCUUUGUGACUACAAACAAGACCAGGUAAUUACUGUGAGGUUUUCUUUGCUCUAAUCUAGGAACUGCAUGGUAAAAGAGUGAGAGGAUUAAAAAUGUAAUCUGAACUUUUAAAGAAAGGGAAUGUGGGAGAAUGAGGGGGGCACUGCAUUCCAGUGAAGAAAUGUUGACUUAAGGAGAAUAUAGCUUUAAAUAAAACCAAUAUGUGGACACUUUUAUGUUAUCAGGAAUAAUACACUGAACUAAUUCAAGAUUAGAGAAUGUGUUUAAGUGGUUCAGCCUGUGUGUGUGCUAUAGAGCAGAAGUAAACGGAGCAGAUAGAAGUAACCUAGAUAAGACGCAUUCACGAUCAUGGUAAAGAGACCAUAUGAGUUAGAAUGGUUGCUGAUUUUUUUGAAAGCCUUAAAAAUGUACACAAAAUGGAAUAAAGAAAAAGAUACUAGAAUCUGAAUUUGCAGAAUUUGAUCAAAAUCUGUAACUUUAGUUCAGCUAUCAAUAUAAUGUUAAUUGGUAAAAAGGCAUGCAUUCAUUUACAAAUAGAAUCCAUAGCAUGCAAAAUCUUUUUAUAAGUGUUUUAUUUUCUGAAAUUAAGGUGCAAGUAGCUACUGUACAGGAAUAAUGUUAUCUGGUUGUGAUGUAUUGUAGAAAGUGAUACACAAGGGAGAUGAAUGUCUCCUGAAGAACAACUCACAACGCAGCAAAUGGAAUGUGACUGGCCCUGGGGGUCUUGACAUGGUGGUACCUUCUGUCAGUUUGAUUGUUCCACCCCCAAAUCCUGGAGCAGUGGAUCUAUCCACCAAGUAAGUUUCCAGCUCUGUUGUUUGUCAUUUAACACAUGUGUACUGUACCUUGUACAUAAGACUUACAGGGUUAUUUACUAAAGUGAGAAUUCAGAGUGAAUUUCAAAUUUAAGGCCAGAGUAGCCAAAAAUGAAAGCACUUUAGUCAAUUGCUCUGAAAUUAAAGGGACACUUCAGGCACCCAGACCACUUCUGCCCAUUGGAGUGGUCUGGGUGCCAACUUCCACCACCCUUAAGUGUAAUUAUUGCAGUUUUUAUAAAGUCCUCCUCUAGUGGCUGUAUAUCAGAACACGAAAAGGGUUAUAAACUACGCUGGACGUCCUCCCGCUAUGCAUGAGUACCUCCAGCGUCACUGAAAGCACUAUUGGAAAGCACUGAAUAAUGCUUUCCUACGGGGAUCUCUAAUGCGCGUGGUCAUUGCCACUCAUGCGCGUUAGGUCUCCCCUGCCGGCUGACGUUGGCGGGGUAGGAGCACGGGCAGAGCCUGAUCCAGCGCCGUGGGACAUCGCCGCUGGAUUCAGGUAAGUCACUGAAGGGGUUUUAGCCCCUUCAGCAACAUGGUAUGGGGGCUGGGAGGGAGAGAGGCACUGCAGGGAUCUGCAGUGCCAGGAAAACGGAUAUGUUCUCCUGGCACUGGAGAGUCCCUUAAACCCUUGUGUCAAAUAAAGCAGAAGAUGUGCCUGAAAGUGAAAGGUGCAGAGAAUAGCCAGAAAGUCAAUAAACACAGGAGAGUAAAUAAGCUAGUUAACCCCCUUAACACCGUUACGGCAUUCUAUGCCAUCCCCAUUCUAAUGGGCUUUAAAGCUGUUGUGGUGACAUAGAACACCGUAACGGCUUAAGCCCCCAGGAGGCCUGCGGUACUUUCCUGUCAAACAGUACCCCUGCUGGCGGGAAGUAUAUAAAAUUUUUUAUUAAACAUGUAAAAUAAAGUGUGUGUGUGUGUAUAUGUAUGUGUGUAUAUAUGUGUGUGUGUGUAUAUAUAUAUAUAUGUGUGUAUAUAUAUAUAUAUAUAUAAUAUAAUAUAAUAUAAUCUCUCUUUCCACAUGUCCUGCACUCACUGCUCCCGGUCUUGUUAAUGCCUCGGUGCAAACUCCAACCAUAAGUAUAUAUAGGUUCUUGUUGAAGUGCACUCACAGGAUUUAAUAAUAUUUCUAAUCGUGCUGUUUAUUCAAGCAUCAAGUAAUACAAAGAAGUGUCGACGUUUCAGUCCUUGCUGGACUUUUUUCAAGAGUCCUGUGAGUGCACUUCAACAAGAACCUAUAUAUCUAUUUAUCUAUCUAUAUAUAUCUCUCGUGUAUGUAUAUAUAUGUCUAUCCCUCUCUCCCUCUCCAUAUGUAGUUUAUUUUAAAAUUAAUAUAAGUACAUAUAUUGGUAUUAAAAUACACUUAGAAUGAAGUUACAUAUAUGAUAUAUAUAUUAUAUAAUAUAUAUAUAUGUAUAACUACAAUAAUUCAGAAAUAAAUAAAAAUUCUUACAUUAAAAUAAAUUGUAUAUACAUAUGUAAUUUCUUACUGUAUUUUGUUAAUAUAGUGGUAACAAAAUACACUUAGAAUGACAUUCUAUAUAUAGAUAUAGAUGGAUAUAAUAUAGAUAGAUAUCUAUAUAUAAUAUACAAAUAACCGCAAAUAUAUGUAUGUAGAUAAAUAUAUAUAAUUACAUAAGUAUACACGUAGAAUUUAAAUAUAUAUAUUAAAUUUCUACGUGUAUAUUUAAGUAAUCUUUUAGCAUAAUUAUGUGAUUUUUAUCAAUUAAAAUUUGAUUGACAUGCCUGACAACCCAGGCAGAAAGUGCAGAGAAUUUAAUUUGUGAGCACUAUAUUUAACUCUGUAACUUUCCAAGACACCAUAAAAUACAUGGGGGGGGGGUACUGUUUUACUUGGGAGACUUCACUGAACACAAGUAUUAGUGUUUCAAAAUGGUAAAUUGUACUACGACGAUAUUUUUAGUAAAAGUUAAGUUUUUGGUUGCAUUUUUUUCACACAUGAACUGUGCUUUUACUGAUGAUAUUGUUGUAAUAGGUUUUAUGGUUUUGAAACACUAAUGUUUGUGUUCAGUGAAGUCUUCCAAGUAUAACAGUACCCCCCAUGUACAGGUUUUAUGGUGUUUUUGAAAGUUAGAGAGUCAAAUAUAAGGCUCGCAUUUCAUUUUUUUCACAUUGAAAUUUGCCAGUUUGGCAGUAAAACAUAUCACAGCAAUGAUAUUGUCAGUGAAAGUGAAGUUUUUUGCAUUUUUCACACACAAACUGCACUUUCACUGAUGAUAUCCAUGUUGUGAUACGUAUUCCGGUUUUGAAACACUAAUAUUUGUGUUCAGCAAAGUCUCCCGAAUAUAACACUACCCCCCCAUGUACAAGUUUUAUAGUUUUUUUGAAAGUUACUGGGUCGAAUAUAAGGCUUGAUUUUCCAUUUUUCACCUUGUAAUUUGCCAGAUUGGUUAUGCUGUCUUUGAGAGCGUAUGGUAGCUCAGGAAUGAGAAUUACCCCAUGAUGGCAUACCAUUUGCAAAAGAAGACAACCCAAGGUAUUGGAAAUGGGGUAUGUUCAGUAUUUUUUAGUAGCCACUUAGUCACAAACACUGGCCAAAAUUAGCGUUUAUAAUUGUUUUUUGCAUUUUUAACACAAACAAAUAUAAAUGCUAACUUUGGAAAGUGUUUGUGACUACUAAAAAUUACUGGACAUACCCCAUAUUGAAUACCCUGGGUUGUCUACUUUAAAAAAAAAUAAAAAAUGUACAUUUGAGGUUUAAGAGAUUUAUGACAGAUCAGUGUUACAAUGUGACUACUGAUACAUUUAAAUAUAUAUAUAUUUGAAACCGCAAUGUCAUACUUGUACUUAAAGCCCUAUAACUUUCCAAAAAAAAAAUGUUAAGAUGAUUACAAAUAUAUUCGGGGCCGAUACAAACCAUUGUGUGGAAAUCUAUUCACAAACCGGACUUUACAUAGGACUCAAGGUCAUGCGUUUAGACUGGAAGAAAGAAGAUUUCGUCUAAGGCAAAGGAAAGGUUUUUUUCACUGUAAGAACAAUAAGGAUGUGGAAUUCUCAGCCUGAAGAAGUGUUUUUAUCAGAGUCCAUACAGAUGUUCAAACAGCUACUAGAUGCAUACUUGCAAAAACAGAAUAUUCAAGGAUAUAAUCUUUCAAUGUAGGGUAAUAACUGCUUGAUCCAAGAAAAAAAAUCUGACUGCCAUUCUGGGGUCAAGAAGGAAUUUUUUUUCCUAGCUUGUUGCAAAAUUGUGCUUCAAACUGUUUUUUUUUUGCCUUCUUUUGGAUCAACAGCAAAAAAAGAAAUGUGAGGAAGGCUGAACUUGAUGGACGCAAGUCUCUUUCCAGCUAUGUAACAUUGGGUAUUUCUAAACUCGGGACAGAAUUUAGAAACUAUUACUAGCAUGGGUAUUUUUUGGCGGUUGUAGAUGCGUAACAAAUUUCGGGGGUUAAAGUUACAAAAGGUGUGUUUUUUUUUGUUUGUUUUUUGUUCUUUAAAUUUUUCAUCAUAUUUUAUAAUUUUUUUCAUAGUAAAUUAGAUGAUAUGAUGAAAAUAAUGAUAUCUUUAGAAAGACCAUUUAAUGGCGAGAAAAAAGGUAUAUAAUGUGUGGGUACAGUAAAUGAGUAAGAGGAAAAUUACAGCUAAACACAAACAACACAGAAAUGUAAAAACAGCCCUGGUCCCAAACAGUAAGAAAAUUUAAAAGCAGUCUGUUCACUAAUUGGUUAAUUUCAGAGGACCCCACACUCAAAGAAUUAUUUCCUGAGCCCCCCGUACUAGCAUACAAAUCACCACCUAACCUGAGACAGAGAUUGGUUUGCAGCAAAUUGACCACAGAACAGGAGCUCAUACAGAAGAGCAUGAUGCAACAAAUCACUCUGCAAACUGUGGCAAUAACACAGCCAGACAUACUAACAAAUCAUACAACAUUAAGGGAUCGUAUUCAUGCACAUCUGUGAAUGUGGUGUACAUGAUCCAGUGUACAGUGUGUGACAAAAGUUGCUACAUUGGAGAAUCAGUCCCCAACUGUGCUUGAAUGGAAUUAUUGGCUAAUAGAGCCAGCUUGAUUCUCUCCGGUGAUGAGUUCCGUCCAAAUAUUGUUAUGAUUGAUAUAUCUAAUGUGAAAGGGAACUUAUACUUUAGUGAUAUCUGAAGCGGAUUCUUGGACCAGAGAGAAUCUUGGGUAAGUGUCAAACCAUUUCACAACUGUAAUACAAUCCAUUUGUGUUUUCCAAGGAUGAUUGAAAUACGUCUUGUAUAUAAAUCUUCUUGGUUUAUUGGUUAACCAAAAUUAUGAAUACGCAUUCUGACUUACGGUUUCUUCAGGUUUAUUCCUGCAGUUACUGAUCCAUAAUAAAACAACAAAGGAUGUUACAGGAUAAUGGGUGUUCAACAGUUGAUGGUAAUUGCUGGACUCCUGAAGGGAGAGUUAGAGUCUACAUAGUUAGAGAACAGCCGGACAACAGAACAGCAGCAAGCAAUAGGCAACCAACAGGCAGUAAGCCUUGUGGAUCUUUGUUCACUAUUCUAAAUACAUUGGCCAUAAUGACGUCAGACCUUUUGAAUAGAACUCUGGCCAUAUAAGGACAAGACCCUCAAUUACCACAUUCCAGAGUUCUCAUGGUACAGCAUAGCAAAGUACCAUCUGUUCUUUUUAACCUAUUAGUCAUCCAUGCCUAUUGUGAAUAUAAAUGGGAACAUGGUAAUAUUCUCCAAAAAACAUUUGAUUACUUUCUGUGUGAUAGGACCAGGGGAUUCCUGACACACAAACCAUUACAGCAGGAUGUAGUGAGUUAUGAUGCCUCACCUGAUGUUCGUCAUACUGCGGCAGCAGAGGGGAGGAAGCCAUGGGCAUUGGUGUUGGGCACUGGAGUCCCAACUUCAGGUUACAAAACAGUUUAACCCCUGAAAGUACAACUGUGUCUGGACACUCCUGCCUUGAUAACUUAAAUGUACUUAAAGGGACACUAUAGUCACCAUCUUAAUGUAGUGGUUCUAGUGACUUUAGAUUUUUACAUUGAUGCCUAGUAACACCUCUAAUGGUAGUCACUAAGAGGGCCUUUAGAAGUCCUUCAUAGUCCAGUGCUGUGCAGACAAUGCUCUGCAUGGAGAAACUGUUGAUUGGCACUACAAAUGGGCAGUAGCCUCCCGUAGGAAAGCAUUGUAUUAGCUGAAAUCCUAAAGAUUGAUAUCCGCUAUGGAGGCAGAGCCUGGCAGGGCCAACUGGCUUUGGAGAAAAGGUGAGUAAAAAUAACUAUUCAGAGCAGGGUCGGUCACCCAAAAUGCUACAUCAGGACUAUAGUGUCAGGAGUACAUGAAAUAUUCCUGAUACUAUAGUGUUCCUUGAAGUUGUUGUUGAGGUAGGGUUGUUGCUUUACGUGUAAAAAAAAAUAAAAAUAUAUAUAUAUAUAUAUAUAUAUAUUUAUUAAUACACAAAAUCCAGCACACUCUUAUCCACUACAGCAAUUUAAAUGUUGACAGAUUUGUAUUCGUUUUUUUUUUUUUUUUAAACACCUAAUCUAGGCAAAAAUAAUGGGGGUUUAGUUACAUUAUAUGAUCAUACAUUGCAUAAGCCUGCCACAACGUCAAUGUACCCCAUCUUUGGAAUGUUCAGGUGAGUGCAGCCCCCUGGUUUUAUUUAUUUAUAUAUAUUAUAAUUAUGGGCACAAGCUAAUUAAAUGUGCUGUCCACACCUAUGAGUAUGACCCAUUUCUAACAACAUCAGGCUACAAUGCUGCCAACAUGUUCAAUAUGCUGCUUGGUUUGGAGUGCAAACUUUUUUUUUUUUUUUUUCCUUUCUCACAAUCAAUGUAAGUGCUAGCUAGAUGGCCCAAUUUCACUUGAUAGGUUCAGUAAUGUCUGACACUCUCGUAAAAGAGAACAUGAUAGAUGUAGUCAUUUGUAAGUCUGGCAGAGGGGAGAACGGAAUAAGAGAUUUUUCAGGACAGUUUACAUUCGGGCUUUGAUUUUGGAACUCUUCUUUUGAUCUGUGUCUUCUCAUCUGAAAUUUUAACCUUGUGUCAUCUGUUAGAUCAGUGAAUUAGCAGUUGUAUUUACUGUGUUUUCAGGAUUGAGCAGUUCUAUGAGGCUAUAUUGACCCUAUGGAACCAGCUUUACAUCAAUAUGAAAAGCUUGGUGUCGUGGCACUAUUGCAUGAUCGACAUUGAGAAGAUCAGAGCUAUGACCUUGGCUAAGGUAUGGAAAUUUGGUUACCACUGACAAACCAUUUUGUUCUACUUGUUUAGUAGAGUUAUUGUUAUCGUGCUUUUGAUGUUUUAACUGAAUAUUUAAUCAUACUGAAUUCAUAUUCAUUAUUGUAGCUCAAAACCAUGCGUCAAGAAGACUACCAAAGGGUUGUUACAGAUUUGGAAUUGCAUUAUCAAGAGUUUUUGAGAAACAGUCAAGGUUCAAACAUGUUUGGAGAUGAAGAAAAGCGGAAAAUGCAAUCUCAAUUCACUGAGGCGCAGAAGCAUUACCAAACAUUGGUAGUCCAGCUCCCAAGCGUUCACACUAAAGUGACAGAACAUACUCUUGUACAGAGACAAGCACCAGUAGUCACAGGUCAGUUCACACUGCCAAUAUUAAAUAUACAUUUCUCAGCAUGAGUAAUUGUCUUUCAAGGACACCUGUUAUAACAAUCUAACUUAAUCUGAAAUGAAAUACAAUUGAAGAUUAUACUAGCUUUAGUGUACUAAUAAUCUUAAUUUUAGUAAUGACAGGAGGCGAAUAUUUGCAUAUCUUUCUUUACUCAAAACUCCAGCAGCAUAGUAACAUAAACAACCAAUCAGAAAAAAGAUAUAAUGCCCAUAAAAGGCCCUGUCUAUGACAUCACUUCCUCUUUCUUUGAAGCGAAACAAUAAAUAGCAAUAGGAGACAUAAUCAUAUUACGUCAACAGUUCAACAACAUAUUAGAAUAUCCAACUCCACUAGUUCCGCGAUGCAGAGGUAUAGAAGGUGAAUCUUUGUCACGAUGAGAAGACGUUCACGCUGCAAGAAAAAGAAAAAGGUGAAAGGUAUCUGGCGUGAUAACUUGUCCGCAUACAAUAAGCAUUAAGCAUCUGACAUACCAGCGAACAUUAGAGUGUGAAACAUAUCAAUAUAUAUUUAUUCUAACGCAAUGAUAUUUAAGAAUCUAUAAACACAACAUAAUGCAAGGUUCACGUCUAAUAUUCAGCCAAUACAAGACCCACAAGAUACAGGUCUAAGUAGCAAACAUACAAACCAUACGUACUUACCUUCCUGAACAUAAAGGACAUAUUCUGUUCAAUACGAGGAACAUGGGAGGGAUUCUACAGGGUGGGAAAUAUUCGCCUCCUGUCAUUACUAAAAUUAAGAUUAUUAGUACUCUAAAGCUAGUAUAAUCUUCAAUUUUACCACAUGACAGGAGGCUUCAUAUUUGCAUUUUUAAAGCUUUGAAUUGACCAAUGUGAAGGAAGCAUGAGAUGUUUGCCGAAAAUAGAACGUUCUAAACGUACUCUCUCGCGCUCAGUCCGCGCAGCGUAUAAUGUCGGCUAGGGAAGCGUCGGCCGAAAAGGUUUGUGAGGCCGCUGCUCCCCUGACCGAGUGGGCUCCGAAACAAGGUUCGACGCUAAAGACAAAACCCCGCGGACCCAUCUGGCCAGUGUUGCGGUAGACAGCGGUCCAUGAGGGUUUACGUAAGAAGUCAGAAGGUGAUCCGUCGAGUGAGUUCGAAGGGGGUAGAGAUAUUGGUGUACCCCAUUAGCGUUCUGACCACGCAUAGUGUGGCGUCUGACACAAAGCAUGGGUAUGACACUGAAGACGAAUCAGACUUAGUUUGUCUCGACAUGGUAAAGGUAACCCCGUCUGGUGUGAGAGAGAAACCAUCCAUAUCGCAAGCCCUAACGUCCGCCACCGUCUAAAUGAGACGAGGCAUAAUAAGAAGGCUAGUUUGGCUGAAAGUUGCUUCAGUGACCAACAAGGAUUGUCCGGCCAUUCCCUAAGGAAUCUCGGCACCACAUCCACCUGCCAGAGGCGUGAAUAUUUGGGUGCCGGGAUCUCGACAAUUCGGCACCCCGCAGUAGUCGACAAACCAGUGUAUCUUGACCUACUGGUCUGCCCUGUACCGGAACGUGCGCCGCCCACAUGGCGGAUCUGAUCAUGUUGAGGGAUCGAUAUGACCGACCCAACGAGACCAGGUGUGACAGAUAGUUGGGGAUCAGUGGGACAGGUGCGGUAAAGGGAUCGGAAUCCCUUUCCACACACCAAUCACUCCAGGCCGACCAGGCAGAAAUAUAGCCUUUCCUGGUGCCGGGAGCCUAUGAGUCCCAUAGGAGGUCUUAGUUGAUGCAAUAGGUCGUGAUCUGACCAGGAGCCCCUGAAGCCGUCCAGGCAACUAGUGUCAGUUGUCCUUCCAUGACAAGGGAGUGGGCUCCCCCUCGAGGUCCCGUCAGAAGUAGAGGGAAGGUAGGGAGUAGUAGAGGGUCUUCGCGAGACAUCUCCAGGCGAUCCGGGAAAUCACGGUUGGCCCUGCCCGAGGGGUGUCAUGAGCAGGAGCGAUAUCUUGUGAGUGUGUGUGUGUAUUGAAGCACCUUUGCUAUUGUGGAGAAACGGCUGGGUCGCGUUUGCAGGGGUUCAUCCAUCGCCCCGUAUCCGAAGGAAGAGUCAAAGAUCGUUUUGCCAAUCCAAGUUUGUAUGUGAAGUAAUCACCAUCGAAAUUCCAUCCUCACUUCCGCCGACAGUGGGAUCCAGUGGUCAUAUGAGUGAGCGGUGCGUACGUAUCUCACCAUCAGUCGUAGUGGGCCAGGGAAUAACGCUUGUAUGGAGGAGGAGAGGAGGAGAGGAAUCCCACAAUCCGACAGUUAUCCUUAUAGAGGCGCUCUUUGCCGUAGACUGACGCGGAACAUAGUUCUCCAAGCCGAUGUCGAAACUGAGGAACUGGCCCGAUUCAGAUGGAGAAGCGAUCUUUGUCUGUGUACAACAAAAAAUCCCUGGAGUCCCGAAAGUGAACGACAAAUCUGUCUGCAAAUGUAGUCUGGAUUCGUAAAGAAUCAGCAAGUCUUCCAGGUAUACGAGGCAUCGCACGCCCAAAUUUGCGGAUGUGUGCCCUCACUGGUUACAGUAGGUUCGCGAGCACCACGGAGUCGUAAACUGCCGUGUUUGUCCUCACCAUCGGGAUCGGAGGAAAACUUCGGCAGUCCAGGGCAACGGGUACCGACAAGCGUGCGUCCUUGAGGUCUAGAUGUGUAAACCAGUCGUUAUCGCCUAGGAGGUCUUGUAGAAGACGAAUUUCCUCCAUCUUGCAGCAUUUUUAUACCAUGUAGGAGUUCCAUUGAUGUAGUCUCCUGGCUUCUUCUUGACCAGGAAAAAUUUGUUGGGGAAGCCUUCCCCUCCGUUGCGUGUUGAAUUGCGCACCUCCUGAAGAGGGUGCAGAUUUUCUUGUCCACGAGGCGUUCCUGUUCCGCCAGCGUGCGUAAUGGAGGUGAAGGGGCGACCUGUACGGCUGUGAUAAAACUCUAUGACAUAACCUUGUACUGUCUGGAGAACCCAGGUGACUUUGGUAGUCGUCUCCCAAUUCUGUAAAACAGAGACAGGUUGCCGGUCAUAAUAUUGGAAACAGUUAGUUAUGUAGGUUGACACACUAGUAGAUGAAGCGGAUGGGUUCAGACUUGUUUUAGCGAGGUCUGGGUUUAGUGUGGUGAAUAAAUUCACGUGUUUUUUGAGUACUGCAAUGAACACUACGUCGAAUAGUAGGCCUUGUGCUUUUGGGCCGAAUACUUGUCGUUCCUAGGUCCAAUAGUGUGUUGUCGAUGCGGCCCAGUACAGAUUUGCGUCUGUCGGCGCAUAGUGCGUCAUUUACGUUGCCCAGGAGGCAUAUCGAGCAUUGAGACCAUUCUUUGGAGGUGGUAGGGUUGAGUUGUGUACCCUGGGGCAACUCGGUCUUGAGGUGUGCGCAUCCUUCCAUCCCCCGAGGGUUGUGCAGCCAAUAGUGUUCGUCCAGGAACGUUCCGUCUUCGGCUACUCUGGUUUAGUGCCGCUACAGUUAUCUCUGCCUCAGCCGCCGUCACGGAGUAAGGUUUCCCUAACUUACUUCGAGGAAGUGUGGGGAAGGUCUUGCCGUUCCAUUUCCUCAGACGGUGAGCUGUCUUCGUGUCGCUCAUCUACCAUGUCCAAAGUACGUGGUGGGUAAUAGUCUUUUUUGUCGGAAGAUUGUGGCGGACGGGGUUUGGAUUCCCGGUGUUCCGCCUAUUUGGUCUGUUCGAUGGGCAUCUUGCCCUUGACCUUAGUGGCAGGGGGGCUGGAGCCCUUCCCUUGCCGUUUUGACUUGAAGGCUUGUGGGCCUGAGGUCUCCAUCAAGCGGUGUGGGGUAGAGUUCAUAACAGAACCUUCUCCACUGAGGCCGUUACUGUGGCGUUUAUCAUUGUCUCGAAAUCUUGGGAACGUUGAGAGUGUCCACCAUGACUCGUUCCCGUCCUGUUGGGAGAUAGUGUGGGGGUCAGCACGUAGGGGUGUUAGACUCCUGGUAGAACUGGGGAUCACCCAGGUAAAAAGAGGGGUCACCUCUAUUAGUUUAAUCUGGCUACUGAGAGCCGUGGUGCAGGCGCGACUGCCUGGUAGUGGUGUCGGUCUGGCUAGCCGGGUUCACCACAAAUGUACGCCAGAGCUGUAUGCAGGGUUUUAACUACACAGGCUUACUAUAUAGGUGCAUGGGGCCUGUCUCCAUAAGGUCUGCAGCCGCAGGACCCAUGUCUAUUAGGCUGGGUUCAUCCCAGGUGGUGUGCCAUGGUAACCCAGAGGACACCCAUAUUAUACUUAUUGGCACCUUACAAGCAUUGCAUGCAUAUCUGGGAGUCAUCCCAGGUGGUGUGUCAUGAAAAAUUACCCAGAGGACACCCACGUUCCAUAUGUACACUAGGCACAGAAAAUAUACAUAUAUGUAUCCCUGUGAAGGUUACACCGCAAUACACUCAAUUUUCUUAGUGAUCCUGCCAUCAAAUCGCAUCCGGCAUGGUACUGUUGCUUUAAUGUAAAACUGACAGGCAGUGUUUAACCCCUUAAAGACACAUGAGAUGUGCGACAUGUCAUGAUUCCCUUUUAUUCCAAAGUUAAACAUCCAUAGUUAAGGGUUAAACAUCCAUAUAUGUCUGUAGUAAUCAGUGGUAAAGUUGAGGCGUAGGCCUCCAUGCAUAUGAUCGGGGUUCACCCCGGGUGGUGUGCCAUGGUAACCCAGAGGACACCCACAUCAAAGGUAAUGGUCUGUCAGUGACCUUGCAUGCAUAUCUGGGGGGUCACCCCAGGUGGUGUGCCAUGGUAACCCAGAGGACACCCACAUCAAAGGUAAUGGUCUGUCAGUGACCUUGCAUGCAUAUCUGGGGGGUCACCCCAGGUGGUGUGCCAUGGUAACCCAGAGGACACCCACAUCAAAGGUAAUGGUCUGUCAGUGACCUUGCAUGCAUAUCUGGGGGGUCACCCCAGGUGGUGUGCCAUGAAAAAAUACCCAGAGGACACCCACAUAAAUUUGCACCGUCAGGUACAGUAAUAUAAUAUGACCCUCUGUAGGGUACAAUAAUAUAAUAUAAUAUGCCCUUUGUAGGGUACAGUAACAUAAUAUGCCCUUCGUAGAGUACAGUGAUAUAGUUGAUCUUGAUAUAGGUACAGUAUAUGUUUUGUAUAACGACUGUGAUAUUGUAUGGCUUCACAAUAAUACAUAGAUUGUGUGCCUGCUCAUGAGAAUAAAAAAUAAUAAUUGUAUAUAAUUUUUGCCAGUAUGCCGUCUGAUCCUGAGGAGAUUAUAACCAUGUAUAGUAUAACCCUAAUUGGGGUAUAGUAGCUGAUAUGACCCUAAGCAGGGCCUAGAGACAUAAAGGUCUGAAGCUGGCAAAAAAAGGGGGGAAUGUUUGUCUCUUUAAUGCAUGCAUUUAUAAUAGAUAGGCAGCACAGCAGGCAGGCACUGGGCAAAUAUAUAUAUAGAAAGGCAAAAAUCCACUGUAACCUAAUACCCUCCCUUAGUACAUACUAGGGAGGGUAUAAAGAUGUGGAGCCCAGCGGUCGGGUGAGUUACCGAUCCGCCGGGCAAGCGGGGAAGGCGGCCGUCCGGUAUCUCGCGAGCCGCGAGAUCCAAGAUGGCCGCUGCCCGCGUGUGAAGUAGCGCCGCGAUCGACCGCUCGGCGCCGGAAUGACGAGGGAACGCAGUUCCCAGUCCCCCUCCACCCGUCCCCUUGCCGGCCCCACAAAAGGAAAAACGUUAGCCGGCCCGCGGCGCGCGGCACUGACAGCCGUUGCUCGCGGGUACCGGUAGUGAAAAGCAAUAGGGGCCCAAAAGAAAACUGCAGGGACAGGGAGAAGGGAACAGCGAAAGUAAAAACUAAAUAAAUAAAUUAAUUAAAUGAAAUAAGUAAAUGAAAUAAAUAAAUUAGCUAAAUAAAUAAAUUAACUUAGGUAAAUAAAUUAACUUAGGUAAAAAUAGAACAAUACCAUCCAAAAUACAGAGAAACAAACAAUAUAUGUAAGCAAUUGCCAGGGAGGCAAAAUACUCUGACCUGAUGUUGGCUGGAGCAGCAAAGAAAGAGGAAGUGAUGUCAUAGACAGGGCCUUUUAUGGGCAUUAUAUCUUUUUUCUGAUUGGUUGUUUAUGUUACUAUGCUGCUGGAGUUUUGAGUAAAGAAAGAUAUGCAAAUAUGAAGCCUCCUGUCAUGUGGUAAAAUCACAUUUUAGAAUGCCAUACCAAUAAAGGCAAAAGUGUAGUAGAAUUUGAUAGUUGUGGGACCUUAAAAAUCUAAUUUAAUCAUAAUAUCAGAAGGGUGUCCUAGUGGUUAUCCCAUUUCCUCUUAUUUUAGAGCAGGCAAACUGUAUUCAUUUGUUAUCCAAUUUUCUGCUUAUAUCUUUUUUACAGGACUGAGCAAUGGAUAAAGAAAUAUAUGCAAACAUUUGUUUUAAGUUGCCUUUUCUAAUGGUCAUUUUGCAUGCAUUUUAUUCGCAUGAGGGCCAGACUAACCUUUUUAUAAAGUAACACCGCUAUUGUUACCCACAGAUUCCAAAACUGCACGAACUGUACAGACUGAUGUCAGUGCAGUGGCUCAGUGCUUCUUACCUUGCAGUUUAAAACAUUACUGCUCUAUAGAAACCGAAAUCUUUACAUUAUACAGUUAAGCACACCUCUAGCUGCUGUAGUCCAGAUAGCCACUAGAGACUCUUUGGAAAGUGUUGAAUUCAAUUCUUUCCUGUGAGAAGCAUUUGGAUGCAUCAGCAGCACUCUCUGCACAUGCGUGUCAGUUUUCAUUGCUUCCCUACCUAAAACUACUUUGCAAAUCAUGCACUAUAUUGUUAGGAAUACAGAUUUCUACUGAAAAACAUGGGAAUUUUUUUUUUUUUAUUAUUCAAUUUUUCUUCUUCAUUUCUACAAGGUGAGCGCAGAGAAGUGAGCAGUAGCUCCACUGUAGUGGUGGAUGGAAGUAGUAAAGACAUUGACCGGGAUAGGGAAAAGCAGGAGAAUUGGCUGCUACUUGAGCUACAGAAGAUCCGGAGAAGACUUGAAAGCCAUGAGACUCGAUUUUUGCAAAGAAACAUCUACAAUGUUGACCAGGAAACCUACAGAGAUUUAGGACACAGAAUAAAUGACUUUGAGGUAUGUCCAGAAUAAUCUGAAAACCUAUGUUUUUACAAGGUCUUUAAAGUUAAACUAUUGCUUUAAAUGGCUGAACAUUAAAACGCUUUAAUCAAGAAUGCUUUAUUACUAUGGAUUAUUUUAUUUUUUUCUCAAGAUCAUAAGUGGUUAUAAACAGGGUCUCCCAUCUUCAGUCAAUAUCGUUAGGAAAGAACAUACAUGUGAUGAAAUCAAAUGAGUAACAUUUCUGGCCAUUAUAAUUGGUACCUCCUGCUUACAAUCCACUAUGAUAGUCCCAUCACCCUGUGAAAGAUCUAUUAAUUUAAUAGAUACUUUACUAAAAUGUAAAAAGAGAAAUAUUAAAAAGACAAAGUAUAGAAUGGUGCCACGGUACUUUGAUAGCCAUCUCUAUAACAAAGUAUAACAAAAACUACAUUAUGUUUAACCACUGACUGUAAGUAAUUGUGCUUGUGACAUGUAGUAUAAAUAUUGAGCAUACACAUUGCAUUUGUUUAUCGUCUUGUUCUUUGCUUUUUAUAGACUUUGCGGGGAGAGGGCCAAGGACUCUCUUCAAACUUCAACACCGUAAGAGAGACCAUGAUGAACUUAAAAGGUUCAGACAAAGCUUCAUACUUGCAGUCGGAGCUCAAUGUGCUCUUAAAGAAAAUGGAGAGCAUCAAUGGGUUUUCUGUGGGGCACUUAGAUAGGUAUAAUGAAAUCUCUGUUCUAGAAUGAUGUUUCUCCAUUUGUAAAAUUGCUUUGAACCUGCUGAUUCAACAAUCCUUCCAUAAAAUGACUAAAUCUAAUACAGCAAGCUUGUCAAACUCAAAGGCUACAGGCCAAAUAAGCAAGGUUUACGUUUAUGUGGGCUGCAAAAAAACCAAAACUUCAGUUUUCAUAGAAAGACAAGUUUAUUUUGAAAAGUACAGUAUAAAAAAAGUCACUGGACGUUCUCACGCGCAUAGGAUUUCAAAGUAAGCAAAAGAGCGAAUUUAUUUUAAGGAGACGUGCAUUUGCAUAUCACUAAUGUUUCAGUCCAACUACCUUGACAUAUUAAGAAAAGUUUGGUAAUGGGACUGAAAUGGUGAAUGUGUGCUGUUGCAAAAAACAAAUUACAUUAUCGUGUUGAUUUUGAAGUCCUAUGAGUGUGUUCUUCACGCUGGCUGACAUCAUUAAACUUGAUGAUCUCCGCCAAUCCAAUGCGCAUUGGGAGACUGUUGUGCAUGUGUGGCAAAACGCUAUGCGACCAAUCAGCAUCUCCAUGGGGAGUAUUACGCGCCCCCAUGCAGACCCAAUUUAAUACAUUGCCCCAUCUAACACACUGCCCCCAAAUCCAAUACGCUGCACCCCUGCCCCCAAUCUAAAACACUGCCCCUCUCCCUCCCCCAACACCAAGUCGCAACACCAAGUUUUGUGGUUUUGUUGGUAUCCGGUAGGUUCUUGGUGCAUAGAUAGGAAUCCUGAGAUCAAAUGGUUAGUAGGGUUUAGAUCCUGCUGCUGGACUUUUCCCAAUCAUAGAAAAUAUCUCACAAUAUAAAUACAAUAGUCCACACACAGGGUUGAGCCCCUAAUGUCCAUAGAAAAAAUUAAAUGGAGGAUAUGGAAAGUAUGAAAUAAGUGCACCGUAAUUGGUAUAUAAAAAAAAAUAUAUAUAUAAAACUUUAUGGUGACUUUUUGCUAAAAAUGUUUUAAUUGUCAAAAAAAAAAUGUCUGGGUGAAAUUACAUUUGUACUAUUACCAUAAAACUUGGAAUUAUUGACAUGUUUAAUUUUGGGUUUGCAAAUAAUGAAGAAAUAUUUUGUGACUGGAGAUUAAAAAAAACAAAAACCAUAUGAGCAUAGAUAAAUUUGAGGAUUCUAUUUUUUGAAGACCAAUUGGCUUCAUAAAUGCCAUAAUAUCUGUAAUAACAUAAAAUGAGAAACCAUUUUCUUAAGAAAGAAUAAAUUGUCCAUUUAUAUUUCCUGAAACACUAGAUGACAGGUCAAUUUAAUUACAGGAGAAACCAGAUCUAUUUUUUUCAUGGCCCAUUGCUUUUUGAAAGGAUUACUACAAAAUGUUAGUUUUUACAGCAAAAUCAAAAAUGUUAGAUUUCUCACUUUUUCUAAAUUGAUUUUGUUUUUCCUCCUGUGCAGCCCCAUGCUAAUGCUUUCCAUAUUUAAUUUCUACAUAUCAGGCUUCAGGCUUUGAGAGCUCUCCUGCAGAAUAUCCUUCAGAUUGAAGAUCUGAUUAAGGUUUAUGAAGCUCGGUUGACAGAGGAAGAAACCAUUUCACUGGACCCUGCAAAGGUUGAAGCUUAUAGAAGUGCAUUGAAAGUAAGAACUUUUUACGUUUUUAAACCAGUGAAUAAUUGCAAAUAAGGCUCUGUUGCUUUUGGUAUCAGUCUUUGCCUCUUACCAGUGGAAAUGUCGAAACACCCAGGAGCAUUUAAACCAAAGUAGCCUUUCACACCUUUUAACAUAAUGUGCAGAGCAUCACACAAACAUGAUCAACUUCCCAUGUACUUGGGAACAACUUAUAUACAAGUUUUGUUGCUGCAUUUACUUUUUUUUUUUUUAAAGAAAAUAUAGCACAAUCUAUAUAAUGUAUUAAAAUGAUUAAACUCUGCAACAUUAACACUACAGCAUUCUCUAGUGGUUAUGAUUCAAGGAGUACCCUGGCAUGCAGAGUAAGUAGUCAUCUGUAUUUGAACACUUGCUUAAUUGACACUAAUAUCUGGAUCCCUCUGGUAUCUCCAGUGUGGCCUCCUUUUCAAAUCACCUUCCACAAUAAAUAUAAAUAUAUAUAUAUUUGUUGUUUUUUUGUCCUUAUGUUGACAAAAUUCAUUGACAUUUUUGGCCAAUGAACACUAUCCAAACAUAGGUGAAGUUGUUGUCACUACAGUGGAUAUUUGGAUUUCUGCAUUCAGAAAAGUAGGCCAGAGUGGAGGUGUCUUGGAGAUCAAGGUAAUUGUCAAGUCAUCUGAAAAUGGUUUGACUACUUAACAUGGAACGGCAUCAGAGAACUGACACCGUAACCCCUACAUAUUUCUGUAGUGGUUGUGAUCCAUAGACUGCCCCUUUAAUAUGGGUGGUUAAAAUCUUCAGUGGAUUGUUGAAGUAAUAAACUACAAUAAAGACAUUAGACCCAUUAACUGACAAUACCUUAUUAAAAAAUAAUAUGCAAAGAGUAAGACGCAAGACAUAAUAUUCAGAAUUCGCCCUGUCAGUCACCCAGUGAGAUGAUCUCCGUUGUGUUUUAGUUCACUUUUGCCAUUACUAAUAAAAUCAGUGCACUUGGCAUAUCAGCCUGGUGACACACAGGUGGCCCAGAACCAGGAAAGCCUCCUUUUUUAAGGUCUACACAGAGGAACAGCCAAUAUCCCAAAUACAGUGUAGAAGAAGUACUCAGAGUGGGCAACCAGCUAUAGGACAAGCCAUUGUUGUGUUUAUGUUUACUCGUUGUUUCUUGCUCAUUCUGCUAUUUUAUAGUCAUCCUACGUCAGUCAUCCUACUUAAAAGUGAUAAUCUUUAUAUAGACUGCUUGCUUAGUGGGUCAAAGGGGAAUUUGUCUCCUCUCUCGUGCACACGUAGAAGAAAGCUGCUUGGUGUAUUGGUGGUACUGUAAGGCUUUGGAACUUGUCUGAAUAUAUUAUGAAAUAGAUUUAAUUUGUUAAUGGCACAAAUGAACUUGUUUGAUCUACAGAGUGUGUGAAAACCUACAUGUGGGGCAACACUGUUUAGAAUGCAGUUCUGCCACAAAUAGUUCACAUAGUUUAAAUUAACCCAAGCCCCUAUUUAUGUUUGGAUUUUUUACCCAGAUUGCUUUACAAUAUUUUCAUGCAGCCAUGUAUGUACACACCGUAAAAGGUUUGUUUUGUAGGAUGACACCUUUUCAUUGUGCUGCUUAUGUUUCUUAUUAUACAUCUAGAAAAUGAGAAUGGAACUGGAUCAGAAGAAAUCUCUUCUGAAAAAUAUGGAUACAGAAAUGAAAAAUGUACUGAAAAUAAAUGAUCAUGUCUCUCAAACCUAUCCCUACUGUGAAGUGGAUAUCACCAAGUUCUGUGACAAGGUCAACCAGCUGACUGACCGCUGGCAGAGGAUUGAAAAGGAGAUCGAUGACAGGUAAGCUGGAGCAGCUACAUGCCAUUAUUACUGGUUGGAUUGAUUUAUAACCUAGUUGAAGCCUAAGUCAUCCUUUCCCAAGCUGUGAAUUUACGUGAGAUUUGCAGAUGUUCUGUUUGCAUAUCUGACAAUUAGUUUCCUUUGCCUUCUUCUGUGUGGUGUAUAGGGGCAAUUCCUGGCAAAAGAGGUCCCUACAAGAAGAGAGAGGGAAUGGCCUGAAACUUGUGAUCCUAUUUACCAUUUUAGAGGGCCCAAGAGAGGGCUGAGCUAGUUGAGAAUGCAAUGUUUUGGCUGAUAUUUUUAAAAAUGUUUGUUCACCAAGGCGUACAUAAUAUGGCAUUUUGACGGUUUAAUUUCGGUAGAACAUUGCGUACCAGUAAAAGUAAUUGUUGAACAUUCAUGAUUCUUGAAAACCGAUGUAUGUGAUGCUCUGGACAUUGCUCCCAUACAAACGAUGUAUUAUUUGAACAUGCUGAAAGUGCCAGAAUUUUAUUAAAUUUUAUUAUAACAUUUAUUAACAGGUCAUGGGAAUUAGAAAAACAAGGCAAGCAACUGAGAAAUUACCGAGACCUGCACCAGGCAUUAAGCAAGUGGAUCAGUGAUACCAAGCACAAGCAGGACACAUUGGAAUCUGCCAAACUUACAGAUUCCACGGCUGUUGCCAGAUACUUAAAUGAACAAAAGGUAAAUGUCUAUUCUAUUUAUCUGUAUAAUAGGUUCCUUGUAUUUGGUGUAUUCUUUUCAGAACAAAUUCAAGUGUUUAUUGUUUUAACUGUAUAUAAAAACUUAAAUACUGCAAUUUAACACUUUUUCAGUUGUUGAAGAUUUAGUAUUUGCCCGUACCCAGAAUGUUUUUUUUUAUUAAAAAUUCUACUUAAGCCUACAAAAAAUGGAUGUGUUGCCCUUUUAUUGAGCGGGCACAUCAUCCAUGUGUGAAAACCUGACUUCCAUAGUGUAAUAGUAAAAUAUUUUGUAUGCAGUGGCAAAUAAGGUUUGAGCUAGCUUAUUUAAAAAGUUACUUUCUAUUAAGCAUCAAUAGAAUGUUUCAUACAGUAAAGCAUCUGUGGUAGUAAGGCCUUUAACAAUGUUGCACAAAGGUUGAUACAGUGCUGAAAACUCAGAAAUUUCAAGAUAAAAUGCUUGUGUGUGUGUGAUAUAUUUUGUAAUUUUUUUUUUAUUUUACAGAGUUUGAAUGUAGAAAUUCAGGGUAAACGAGACAAAGUGGAAGAGGUCAUGAAAACUGCAGAUCUGUGUGCUUCAUCCAUCAAGGUAAAAUACAAUCUAAACAUCUUGUGAGGAAAGAUAUAUUAUGUAUAUGUAUAUAUGUGUGUGUGUGUGUGUGUGUGUGUGUGUGUGUGUGUGUGUGUGUGUGUGUAUGUAUAUAUAUAUAUAUAUAUAUAUAUAUAUAUAUAUAUAUAUAUAUAUAUAUAUAUAUAUUCUAUCUAUCGUAAGGUUUUUGCCACAGUGGUUAGAUUUAAAGAGCAAAAAAGAUUGAAAUAUACUCAGUGGUAUAAUUGAGAUUCUUACAAGAAUUAACAUAACCCCUGCAGCUCAGUGUAGUGGUUUGUUGCCAGUAACAAUAAUGACUUUCACGCUUUUGUUAAAUCGUUGAAACCUUUUGACAAAAAACCAAGGCUUUCCUCAGCACCUGGACACAACCUAAUUCUCUGCUGCAUAGAUUUAUACUUUUGCAUCAAAAGUGUUAUUUUUGUCCAACCUGGAUGACCUUGAUAGGCUGAGCACAUUGGAGACGAGUUACCCAGGAACCCGAAGAGUCCAGCUACUCUUGCAACAUAAACACUACACUGGACUAUAGUGGUUAUAUUGUUUAGGGCAGGGGUGCCAAAAAGUUAGAUUUCCAAAUGUUUUAAAAACUACAGUUUCCAGGAUGCUGUCAUUGUAAAGGCAUGAAAAGCAUCAUGGAAGUUGUAGUCCUACCUUGACACCAUAAAUUGUUUUUUGACUACAUUUCCCAUGAUGCUCAGCUAGCUUAUAGACUCUAAAAGCUAGCUGACCAUCAUAGGAAAUGUAGUCCAGAAACAAUUCCUGGUGUCCUGGUGUUUUGGUAGUUGUAACACCCACCUGCUGUUCACUGUUGCACAUCUCCUAUCUGCUUGUCCACACACGGAAAACCAUUAUGCUUCCUGAAGCAGGGAGCAUCUAUCCCGCCAUGCCAAUAGUUUGGCUUUAUUGCCAGCAAAUUAGUGUUCCUCUAUUUCUUGAGAACAGGCAAAGUGCUUGUAGUCUUGCAAUCACCAGGUAAGUCACAGUACCUAUAGCUGUGCAAUUACAAUUCGAUGAAAUUAUUUUGUGGGACAUUCUAAUGUCUUGAAAAAAAUCCUUUAGACUUGCAAAUGUUUUAGCCUUUCUGGUUAAAUAAUUUUAUAAAUACAUUUUAUCCAAUUUUUUUUUUUUUUUAAUGUGAUGGAUUCCGUUAUUACAUUUAGUGAAUUUGAUUUGGGAAUAUGCAUUGAUGCUACAGGUGAAAAAUGAGAAUUUGUUUAUGAUCACUUAUUUACGAGUUAAUAUUAAUUUUGCAAUGAAUGAAUACAUGUUUUAUUUCUAUAUUACAGGAUUAUGAGCUCCAGUUAGCAUCUUAUAGCUCAGGACUGGAAACGUUACUUAAUAUUCCAAUAAAAAGGACAAUGGUUCAAUCUCCUUCAGGAAUCAUACUACAAGAGGUAACUAAUUAUUUUUUUUUUUUUUUUAAAUCAAGGUUUAAUGUAUUCUCUCACCUUUUAUAAUUAACGUCAAAAUACAUUUCCCAAAAGAGUAAUAUUCUUUAUAACUACAUUCUCUAGUAUCUGAUAAAGGUAUAUGUAUUUACCACGAGAGCAUCAGCCAGCUUGUCCAUGUGAGGAGUCACAUUUGAAUGCAUUAUAAUUUUCCAAAUCUCUGUCAGUGUUGAUUGUUGGCAUCAGACUUUAUCAUUAACUGUGAUUUAUAAAAGUCUAUGGUUUUUGUUUUCUCUAUAAUCCCUGGUAAAAUUGAGAGAAGAUGUUGAUUAAAGGCCAUUUAGCAGCUAGGAAGCAUAGGUUGCCUAGUAAUCACACAAAUUAUAGGCAGCUUUUUAAGAGCUAUAUGAUUAAGAAAGUCUAUAUUUGAUUGGACCACGUUACCCUUUAUUUACAGAGUCUAAAAGUUGUAAAAUGGCAUAGCUAGACUAUAUGUUGAAAAAUGUAAAACACAUCUGUGAAAUAAGCUGAAGGUAGACCUGCAGGAAUAUAUUUUUUGUAUUGUAGAAGGGCAGGUUUUUGUAAAACCUAAAAUAUAUUUUCAGUCACAUUAAUUAUUUAUUCAUUUUCGUUUUUGUAGUCUGCCGAAAUUCAAGCUCGCUAUAUUGAACUGCUUACAAGAGGAAAUGAUUUCUAUAGACUUCUGCAUGAAAUCUCAAAGAGCAUGGAAGAUUUGAAGGUAACCACACAUUGAUAUUCUAAAUCAAAAUGACCCACAUUUGCCUGUUUGUGUCAUAAUUUAUACUUUAUUAUGGUAACACCACUAGGCACAUGUUAGGUGUUUUUGUUUUUCUAGGUAAAAACCAGAGUAUGACAGCUUGGGUUGUUUAGUGUGCAGCAGUACACUCUUAUCAUCGGCAGUAUUUGUUCAAAGCCUAGUUCUGUCUCUGAUCAUUUACUGGUUGCCAGAACCAAUAGCAAGCGAUAACUAGGGAGGAAAGCUUUACUUCAAGCUCUCACUAUUUGCAUAAUGUGACAGCAGCUGCCAUUGGCUAGUGGAAGGCUGUUUGUUCUUACCACACCCACUACACCAUUGGUUUCCGCAGUCUUGUUAUGGCCCACACAAUUUAACAAUAUGGUUUUAGAGGAAAUUCAUAUAGCUAGAGAUUAUUGGCAGUUAUAAGAUUAGUAAGCUUAUUCUUGGUCCGCAAAUAAGAUAAUUAUGACUGUUAUUAUUGGAGAUGAUGGAUAACCUAAUGCUUAACCAUAAAGAUGUCCUAGAAGUCCAUAAAAUUUGUGAUGAAAUGCCUGUGCCAAAACCCCAAUAACAAACCGGCCACGUUAAAACAUCUUGGACAUCCUAGAGCUCCAAAAUGUUCUAUCUUUUUAACUGGAUCUCAUAUCAGUCUCCAUUAAAAGAGAAAUCCACCUCUGAUAAUGAAAUACUUUUGGGUGCUUUAAGUGAAUUUUUUAAACUAGCUUGUAGUUAGUAUCAUAAAUAUAACCAUGUAUAAAAUAUGAUGACACUAGAAUACUGCACAUGUGAUUACAGUUGUAGUAGUAAUUAUAGCCAUACGUUUGGCAAUGGAAUUUUAAAUACUAUGCUUGUUAUGGAUAAAUAUGAACACUUUUUAAUUAAAGAAACUAACAUCACAAUUUUGAAAUUUUCUUCUUUGUUUACAGAUGAAAAACACUAGAAUUGAAUUGCUGGAAGAAGAACUACGUCUUGCAAGAGAUGCAAAUUCAGACAAUUCCCACAAAAAUAAGUUUCUUGAUCAAAAUCUGCAGAAAUACCAGACAGAAUGCUCAGAGUAUAAGUCCCGGCUACUCCUACUAGAGGACAUGAAAAGGAAAGCCGAAAUGGAUGGCAGCUCAGCAAAGCAGAACCUAGAGAAGUGCUACAGCCAGAUUUCUGAGUUCAAUGAAAAGAUAACACGAUUAACCUAUGAGAUUGAUGAUGAGAGGCGGAGGAGAAAAGCAUUAGAGGAAAGGUGUGACCUACACAAGAAUGAGUUUGACCAAUUGCAACAAAAGCGGCAGAUUGAUCUUGAGGGCAUCAACCGUCAAAAAAUAGACUCUGAAAAGAUAAUCAAGGAGAAGGAGUAUGAGAUAGAAAGAUUGAGAAUUCGUCUACAGGACGAGGGCCAGCGGAAACAGGAGUAUGAAAAUGAGCUGUCAAAGGUAAGGAAGCAGUAUAGUGACGAAAUCAGUAGUUUGAGGAACAAAUAUGAAUCAGAAAUUAACAUUACGAAGACCACAAUUCAGCAAAUAACUGUUCAAAAAGAAGAGGACACAUAUGAACUCCGAGCACAGAUGGAAAAACUAGCCAGAGAAAACCGAGACCUUACCCAGGAAAUUACUCGGCUAAAUGAGACAAUAGUACAAUCAAAUGAGCAGAGAAGAAGGGCAGAAGAAGAUGCUCUUCAGCAAAAAGCCUCUGGUUCUGAACUUUCUCAGAGAAAGCAGCAUCUAGAGAUUGAGAUACAGAAAUUAAUUCAUACUCAUUCUGAAGACAGUGCUAGAUACAAGAUGUCCCUAGAAGAAGCUGCCAGGACAAUUAAGGAACGAAACAGUGAGGUUGAAAAGUUAAAGUACCAACUUCAAGAGGAGGCCGCACGUCAGAGACAAUACGAAAACGAGCUGGUUAAGGUAAGAAACGAUUAUGACGAACAGCUUAUAACUUUAAGGAGCAAGUAUGAGUCAGAAAUUAAGAUCACAAAAACUACCAUCCAUGAGGUAACUGUACAAAAAGACGAUAACAUCAAUGAUUUGAGUGCACAGGUUGACAAUUUAAUGAGAGAAAAGAGGGACUUGCUUACAGAGGUAAAUAGACUAAAAACCUCUAUAACACAAAUGACACACAACCUCAAGAAAACAGAGGAUGAUGCUCAUCAGCAAAAAUCCUACUCCUCUGAGAUAUCCCAGAAAAAACAGCAGCUGGAAAUUGAGCUGAAACAAAUUAUUACCCUUCGAAAAGAAGAGGAGCAGAGAUACAAAAAAUCUCUUGAUGAUGCUGCCAAAACAAUUCAGGAGCGCAACAAGGAAGUUGAGCGUGUGAAGAAGCUUCUAGAGGUUGAAACCGAUCAAAGGAAAAAACUUGAAGAUGACCAUGUCAAAUUACAGCGGACCCAAUUUGAUCUGCAGAAAGCAAAUACCAGUGCCUCAGAGACUAUAAGUAAAUUAAAGAUUCAGGAGCAAGAAUUGUUCAGAGUUAAAACAGACUAUGAAAAAUUGUCUCUAGAGAAACAAAGUAAAGAAAGUGAGAUAACAAGACUUCAAGCCAGUUUGAAAGAAAUGCAGACGCUCAAGCUAAAAUUAGAGGAUGAAAUUAACAGGCAAAAAAGGAUUGCCACAGAUGAGCAUGCAAACAAUAAGAAGUUGGGAGAUGAGCUAGAAAGCUUGAGAAGAACCAGUAGUGAACAGCUGAAAAAAAUCACCAGUCUUACACAGCAAAUAGAACAGAUUUCUAUUGUUAAAAAACAAACCGAAGAAGAUUUGAGGCAGCAGAGGGAGUCUUUAGACAGUCAACUUAGGGAUAAGCAGAGAAAUAUUGAUGAGUUAAGUAAACUUGUAGCUGAGGUGGAGAGUCUACGUCGACAGCUGCAUGUUGAACAAGAAAACUUAAGGCAGGCUCAUGGGCGAAAUGAGCAUUUACAGAAAACUAUUGAGGAGAGGAAUAAAAGCCUGAAUGAGUGUAAAAUAGAGAUAGAAAAGUUGCAGUCAAUCACAGAAAACCUUACCAAAGAACACCUGAGGUUAGAGGAGGAGUUGCGGUAUGUGCGACUGGAGAAUGAGGAAGUGAAAAAGAAUAAAGAUGAAGUGGAUGGUGAAAAAACUGCAACAAUUACGGAGUUAAAGAACCAACUACAAACGAGCAACAAGCGGUCCUUGGAGCUGCAGGGCCUGAUUAAUGAGUUACAGAAAGAAAGGCAAAAUUUGAGACAGGAAAUUGAAAAAUUCCAAAAGCAAGCAUUAGAGGUAUUCAAAUACAAUUCCUCUUAAUAUGUAUCUUUUGUGAAGUGGUCAACUAAUUUUAUUGUUUGGCUUUCUAAAAAAUACUUAAUUCUUAACUUUGGAAUGGGGCAUUAUUUGUUUGUUUGUUUGUUUGCUUUAAUAGUUCAAAUAGAAUUUUAGCGUUAUAUAAUUACGACUAUCAUUUACAAAAGGUAUAACUAAAUAAAUAGGAUAGGUUAUAUAAAACAAUUAUAUAUUAAUAUAUUACGCACACAUAAAGGAGGAUCAGUUUGGAAAAAAUAGUUGUUGCAGGUAUAUUUGCGACAUAAAGUUUUGUUAAAUUUUUAUUUACAAUUUACAAUAUGUAGAGAAGAUCAAAUAUUGCUGUAAAUAGUGAAAUAUUAGAGUAAAUUAUUAAGGGAGAUUAUUUUUAUAAACUUAACCAUCUGCUGGCGACAUGUCCUGCUUUCUUUGCUGUCAGUAGUUAAAUUAGAGAUUCAUUGAAGAAAUAUGCAAUAUGGAGAAAACGGAAAAUUGUAAUUUCAUAGAAAUUUACAUUUUAUAACAUAGUUGUUUUUUUUGUUUGCUUACUGUUCAUUUCAGGGAUCUCUUUAUUAUACAGUAUAUAGCACACUUCUAUAAGUGUAAUCUAUAUAGUUUCUGUAAAUGAUUAAAACAUUUUAUAGUUAGUGUACUUUCUAAUGAGGUCUCGUAUUUUUUCAUUAACUUGAUUUCCUUACUGAUUCUAUGUUUAAUUCUAACCAUGGGAAGUAUGUUUCAAUCAUAUGUUAUUUGUCUUCAUUUCUGACGUAAUCAUACUUUUUCCUCAUUAAAAAUUAUUCUCGGCUGUUUUGUAAUUCUCUUUUGGUAUGGUUUUGUGUAAUUUCUAUUGUUUCAUGUUUUUGUAAUUUCUCAUUUAAAACAUACAAUUUAAUUUUCUAAUGUUACAUUAAAGAAUUUGUUGGUCAUUAUUUAGGGAAGUGCAGCAAAUAUAGUUGUAUGCUUAUGGUAUAUGUCUUAAAAUAUUGUAUAUGUAAAAUAAUUUUACACAAUGUUUCAUUCUGCUUCAAAGAAAUCUAAGACACUGCUAAAUGAUGUCUCUAGUGAUUAAACAUAUAUAUAGUAGGUAAUUUAAUAGGUUCAUGGCAUCUUAUAUUAAAAUUUUAAAAAGGUUGUUAUUGAGUGUUGGAUACAUGUGUCACAAUAAACAACAUUCUUCAUCCUUUUUUUCUUUGAUAUAGGCCAAUAAUAAGAUACAUGAGAGCAGUAGCAAGUACUCUGAAAUUAUUCAGGAAAAGGAGAGCCUUCUCAUGAAAAUAAAACUUCUUGAGCAAGAUAAGGCAAGGCUGCAAAGGCUUGAAGAUGAACUAAACCGUGCAAAGGCUGCUCUAGACUCUGAAACACGUCUUAAGCAACGCAUAGAAGAUGAGAAACAACAAAUCCGAAAUGAGUUCAAUCAGUGGAAGAGCCAAUAUACUCGCAAGGAUGAUGAUGUGAAGAGAGUUGAAACUAGUUUGGAGAGAAGUGAGAGGGACAAAGCUGGAUUGAAGAGUGAGAUUGAAAGGCUGCAGUCAGAAAUCCGAUCCAUUGAAGAACGAUAUCGGCGUAAAUUAGAAGAAACCAGUAUGACCCAAUCUGAAUUGGAAGCACGACGAUUAGCAUUAGAAAGGGAGCUGGAAAAUCUUAAGAGGCGCCCUCUUACCACAAAUAUUCAAACUCAAACUGACGAAGAUGCAUCGAAAUUUGUAUUUGAUGGACUUAGAAAAAAAAUUACAGCUCUUCAACUUCUUGAAUGUCAAAUAAUAACCAAAUCAACUUUUGAUAAGCUUGUAAAGGGGCAAAAAUCAGUAGAAGAGGUUGCUGCAGAAAUAGAACCUUCUCUAAAAGGUGCUGGUGCUAUAGCAGGUGUUUCAGUUACACCUAAAGAGAAAUACACACUAGUCGAUGCCCAAAGAAAAAAACUAAUUUCACCUGAAAGCACUGUAAUGCUGCUAGAGGCACAAGCUGCUACUGGUGGAAUAAUUGACCUGCAAAGGAAUGAGAAGCUGACAGUAGACAAUGCUAUAGCAAGAGAUCUUAUAGAAUUCCAAGACAGAGAGGCAGUAUAUACAGCCGAAAAAGCAGUCACUGGCUUUAAAGAUCCUUUCUCUGGAAAAAUAGUAGCUGUUGCAGAAGCUAUCAAGAAAAAUUUAAUUAGUCGGGAGGUAGGCCUCCGUCUUCUAGAGGCUCAACUAGCAGCAGGAGGAAUUGUUGACCCAGUCAACAGUAUCUUCCUACCAUUAGAAGUUGCACUAUCACGAGGUGUGAUUGACAGAGACAUACACAGAACAUUAAAUGAUCCAAAUGAUGAUGCUAAAAAAUUCAUUGAACCAGUCACAAAGAAAAAUGUCAGCUAUGCUGAGCUUAGAAAGAAAUGCAGGAUUGAGCCACACACAGGAUUUCUUCUGCUGCCUGUUAUGAAGAAAAGUCUUUCAUUCCAGGGUAUUCGAAAUCAUGUCCCCAUAAAUGAGUUAGUGGAAUCUGGUAUCAUACGGCCUUCUACAGCUGAUCAGUUAGAAUCUGGACAGAUAACUGUAGAAGAAGUCAGUAAGGAUAUCCAAGUCUUUUUGCAGGGAUCUAGCUGUAUUGCUGGUAUUUACAAUGACGCAACAAAAGAAAAACUGGGUAUUUAUGAUGCAAUGAAGAAAGGCUUGUUGAGACCUGGCACUACACUUGAACUUUUAGAAGCCCAAGCUGCCACUGGCUUUAUUGUUGAUCCUGUUAAUAAUCUCAGACUUCCGGUCGAAGAAGCAUACCGGAGAGGCCUUGUUGGAAUUGAAUUCAAGGAAAAACUUUUAUCUGCGGAAAGAGCAGUUACUGGAUACAAAGACCCAGAAACUGGAAAUAUUAUAUCCUUGUUCCAGGCAAUGAAUAAAGAACUUAUUGAGAAAGGCCAUGGUAUCCGUUUGUUGGAAGCACAGAUUGCUACUGGUGGCAUUAUUGAUCCCAAAGCAAGUCAUCGUUUGCCAGUUGAUGUUGCGUAUAAACGUGGAUAUUUCAACAAACAUAUGAAUGAAAUUCUUUCUGAUCCAAGUGAUGACACAAAGGGAUUUUUUGAUCCCAACACAGAAGAGAAUCUGACAUAUCUGCAGCUAAAAGAAAGGUGCAUUGUGGAUGAGAAGACAAACCUAUGCUUGUUGCCUCUUAGAGAGAAGAAAAAGGCAGUUCAGACCUCACAAAAAAAUACCCUUAGAAAACGUAGAGUUGUGAUAGUUGAUCCAGAUACAAACCGAGAAAUGACUGUACUGGAAGCCUAUAAUAAAGGCCUCAUUGAUUACGCCACUUAUGUUGACCUAUCGGAACAGGAAUGCGAAUGGGAAGAAAUUACAAUUACAGGAUCUGAUGGAUCCACAAGAGUUGUACUUGUUGAUCGAAAAACCGGAAACCAGUAUGAUGUCCAAGAAUCAAUAGAUGUGGGCCUGAUAAGCAAAUCUGAUUUUGACAAAUAUCGUGGUGGUUCCUUAAGCCUAACUCAGUUUGCAGAUAUGAUCUCCAACAAAAGUCUUAGUGAUGAUGUUUUAAUUUCAUCAAAGCAAGAUUCGGUUUCCUCUUCAACUAGGUUUCGAAGUGGUUCAUGGUCAAAAAGUGGUUCAUUUUCUGACGCAUUAGAAGAAACCACUCCUAUUGCCGCAAUAUUUGAUACUGAGAACAUAGAGAAGAUCUCCAUCUCAGAAGGUAUCAAACGUGGAAUUGUUGACACAAUAACUGGGCAGCGUUUACUGGAAGCACAAGCUUGUACUGGUGGUAUAAUCCAUCCUACCACAGGAAAAAGAAUGUCUAUUCAAGAUGCUGCUAACCAGGGUAUUAUAGAUCAUGAUAUGUCUGCCAGGCUUAAACAGGCGCAGAAAGCCUAUUCUGGAUUUGAUGGCGUAAGAGGGUCCAAAAAACUAUCUGCUGCAGAAGCAAUGAAAGUAAAUUGGCUGCCUUAUGAAGCUGGACAACGCUUUCUAGAAUUCCAGUAUAUGACAGGAGGCCUUAUUGAUCCAGAAACACAGUUAAGAGUAACUACAGAGGAAGCUAUUCGAAAAGGCAUGAUUGAUGGUCGUGCAGCACAAAAACUACGAGAUAUAUCAAACUAUCCAAAAGUUCUCACGUGUCCUAAAACUAAACUGAAAAUAUCCUAUAAAGAUGCAAUGGAUCGUUCUAUGGUUGAAGACACAACAGGUUUGCGGAUGCUGGAAGCUUCUUCAGUUUCCUCUAAAGGCAUAAGUAGCCCAUAUAAUGUCUCUUCUGCACCAGGAUCACGGUCUGGAUCUCGGCCUGGUUCACGAAGUGGUUCACGAAGAGGAAGUUUUGAUGCUACAAGCUCAACCACUUACAGCACCUCUUCCUUCCAAUCUGUUAGCAGUUCUUUAGUGGGUCUCUAAAUGGUAGAAUACUUUCAAUAAUAUGUGUUCAUUUGUAAUUUUUUUUUUUUUUUUAUUAUUAGUUUUGCAGCAAAGGCUACUAGUUUCUAAAAAAAAGUAAAAGCAGAAUAACGUGGGUUGGAGGGGUACAAGUUUUUCCAAAUGUAUUCUUCAUCUAGAAUGUACUCCAGGCACUGACACAAAUUAAUUUCAUUAUGAUAGGCUUUACACGGGGCUAUUCAAACAUGAAAUUAUUAGGCAUGAAUUAUAGUAUUUACCAGUGUUUUUAGUAGCAGCUGAUUUGUAUUGCAGUUAACAUUUUCUGUGUAUUGUCUAUAAUUGCAACUGUACUUUAAAAAAAAAAAAAAAAACUUUCUUGCCUUUUGCCAUUGUCCCUAAAAUGUAACAUUUUUAGAAAUCUAUUAAUGCUGUUUAAUUCUGAUAUAGUUCAGAUUGCUCUCUCAUUGUGUAACACAAAGUUGGUUCAUUGUAUUAACUUUACUAUUUUUAUGUAAUGUUCUGCACAUUUGCAUUUUACUGUACCUUGGGGAGUUGCAUCUUUUGUAUUCAUCUUUGCUUUUUUUUGUUAUUUGUUAUGCUGGGAAUAAAGUUUGAAACAUUUCACCUGUUUUUGUAAGUAAUUUAUUUUAAAAUGCAAAGUUUUGUAAAGCAACACUUUACGAUAAUAUACAGAUCAAGCCACACAAAGUAUGUGAUUUGAGGGGGAGAUUGGAAUGUUCUGUAUAAGUCAGAAUAUCAUAUUUUGGCAACAAGUCAAUAACAGACUGAUUCUCUAAAAAAAAAAAGGUGCAGGCUUUCAUAUUCACAUAAUUCAAUAUAGAAAUCUAUGGUACUAAUAAAAAAAAUGCCACAAAUAGUGUCAAACAGUCCUGAAUAACUAUUCAUUUGCAAUUUAAGAAGACCUGUUACUCUGAGGACCUCUUAUGGAAAUUCACAUGGAAUUUAUUAUGGAAAUGUAGCAACACAAGUUACUACCUUUCAGUUCUAAAACCACCUUUAUCAAACCUGAAAAGCUUUCAGAUGUGUGUUCUGUAAAGAGGGAUUUUGAAAGAUCUAUGGUCAGUGCAUGAAAUUCUUUAUGGCCAUAUCAUACAAUUAACAUCACAAACAUUCCAGCGUAUUCUUUAUAACAGAGAAGAGUUAAUGUUAACUAUAGGAAAUAAUUAUUUUAGCCAAAAAAGCACAAAACAUCCAUUCCAACCAUUUCCCAGUGCUGUAUAAAAGACAUACUUGAGAAUAAAUCUGCAAAUCCUGGAACAGAAGAUGAAAGUGGGAUAGUUGUGCUAAAAUGAUCUUCGUCUAAAAAGAUUACUUAGAUGGGAAAUAAAUGUUACUUAAUCAGGUUAUGUUGACAGAUCUGAUCCAUCAAUUCCACAUUUAGUAUACUUCUACAGCAUACAAGGUUGUUAUGAUAAAGUUUUGUUUUUUUUCUUCUUUCAACCAGAUACCAUCUGGUCUUAAAAUAAAUAAAGAACAUUUGUCAGAGACACACAUGCUUUUGCACUUUUGGAUUAAGGAAGAGGAACAUGUCCAUCAAUCUCUAAUUUUAUCUUAUACAGUACUAUUGCUCCCAAGUGCAAUCUAUCCUUUUGAGUUAAGAACAUAUUGUUUACACGCUUAAGAAAAAAGUUUUUAAUAUAGCAUAUUAGUUGUAGCCCCAAAAAGUACUAAAACAAAACUUGCCGCUUGGUGGAAUUCUAAAGUCAAAACAAAUUCAGUUAAACACUAAAGAGACAACAUAUCUGGAUUUCAUACCUUGAAAAUUAAAUGUCUAUAUUGCAAAUUAAUGAAUCAAGCACACGCUACAUUGUAAAAUAUGUUCUUACUGGUGUUUUAGAUAACACAAAUAUAUGUAUUCCUAAUUCUAUAGUGGUAUUUAAUCUUCACUAUUUAAUGUCUCCUCCUUCUCCUACUUACUUGCCUUAUAUUCAACCACUUGCCAGCUUUUUUUGCGGCUGCCCCCGUUUCCCUGGCUCCCAUAGGGAAACAUUGAGAGGCUAGUGCACAUGCAAGGCAAAUUGCUGCACUGCGCCAAUCUGCAUCUCCUCAUAGACGCAUCAGUCAGUGCAUCUCUAUAAGGAGCAUUCAAUGUUUCCCUGCAGAGAUGCUGAAGACUCAGUCCUGCAAAGGUUGCAGGACAUAGUCCAGGAGGUCCUUAUAGUGGCUGUCUGCAUGACGGGCACUGGAGAUGGAUUUAGGCAGCAAUGUAAAUAAUGCCUUUUCUCUAUAAAGACAGUGUUCCAAUCCUCAUCCUGCAGGAAUAGGCUACAUAGCCCAGAACUAAUACAAUUAGCUGUAGUGGUUUCUGGUGACUAUGGUGUCACUUUAACUAUACAGUUUAUUGUAAUGGUUAUAGUACUGGACCCUUUUUAAUACUAAUUUUAAUACUAAUUUUCCUUUUAUCUACAACAUUUGUGCUCCAUUCAAGGACUACCAACUGUUCUGCUUUUGGCGGGACAGUCCCUAAUUCAGGAAGCUGUCUUGCCAUCCAGGUUUUGUUCCCUGGAGUACUGUAUCCAGGGAUGCCAGGGUCCCUAGCCAGCACAACGCACAAGUCUCAUUAAUAAAUUGCAGAACAGUCAACUAUAUUGAACAACAAAUUGAAAAAAAAUAUGCAUACAUCUUGUCAUUUCUAACGCAAAACAAUUUCCCAACUGAUUCCAGCAUUAGGUAUUAUUCCAAAAAGUAGAAAAAUAUAAAAUGAAAGGGAAAAAAAUAAAUACACAAAAAAUUCCACAAAAAUUAAUUGAAUUAAAAAUUGUAGUAACAUUUUUGAAACCUUGGCUAUGCUCUGAAAACAUUAUUACAACUAUCAACACUCAACAUAGAAAUAUCCAAUUAAAAAAAUACUUAAGAAUAUAGAAGAAUACAAUACUGGAACUAUACAUAGAAACCUGGGAACGUCUGGCAGCAUACUUCAAUAGUUACAUACAGUGCUGGGAGUGGGGCAAACCUUCCUAGAAGGAAUGCAGUGCUGCUAUAGGAUGACCCAUUAUCAGCAGAUACACAGUGCUGGUAUUGAAACUAUACUCUUGUCACAUUGUGUUUUCCUGUAGCAUAGCAAUUAAGAGUUUUUUUUGUUUUUCAUACUGGCAACCAUGGUUCAAUUCUUGUUAAGUGUUAUCUCACAUAUAUAUUAUUCUUAUUCUAGCCAAAUUUACCACCCUAACUCCUCCCACAGUUUUUACACUACACUACCGUAAUAUACCGAAACGUGCGGAUUGUUCCCGAUUGGAUUGCUAUUACUUUAUGGAACGUUUCGCCGAAUGGUUCACGGAAUAAUAUUGUUCUUGUGGCGAAAUUGAUCCCAUAGGAAUUAAUGGCAAAAUGUUCAAAACUAGAGUGGGAGCUGGCAAAAGCUGAAAAAUCAGGACAUGAUUUCUAAACUGCCAUCACUCCCUCAUUUUCAGGCCCACCUACACAAAUCGUAUAUCAAAACGUUCAGCUAUCCCUGCUGCCACUAAAAAUGUCCACGGCUAGGCCAUAGUCCUGAUAGUUUUCAUAAUAUGAUCAUUUGUUUGCAACUCACGCCGUCCAUUGACAUUUAUUGAAACUCCACUCUAGCCAGCUCAAAUUUGAAGGGCAAUUUCUAAACUGCGACUGUGCCUUCAUUUUUAAUACUUCAGAGACAUACUAUGCAUGUGCAUGUAGGUCUGGGUCUUGUGAUUCUCACAAUAUAAAGCUCUUCACUGUAGGAGUUACAGUUUUUAAAAUACGACCGUUUGAAGAUGGCAACCGCCACAACAUUCUGACCUGUGCCAGGCUGGAGCAGCAAGUGAUGUCAUAGACAGGGCCAUUUAUACACCUGCUAAUGUUUUUAUAAAUGUAUGUUUUAAUGUAACUGUGAAGCACUUUGGGCAACAACGUUGCAAUUAAAUUUGCUAUAUGAAUAAAUAAGUUACUCCGCCCAUUACAGUUGUAGACUACUGGUGGAGGCAAGAACACUUCACACAAUUUCCCCAGAAAUUGUAGCUUUUCUAGUUAUAGGUAUAUUUUAUUUUAGAAAAUAUAUAAAAACAUUGUUUGAGAUGUGACGUGCUGGAUUGAGAGCUUUAUUGGCCUCAGACUGAAGGUUAUGAUGAGCCUAUUAUAGUCUCUAUAGUUGGGGCAAAGAUAAAAAAAAAUACUGUACAUACAAAGUAGUAAUUCAUCAGCACUCCAGGGAUUCUCAAAAAAAGUUUACGUGCAAAAAGUGUCACGGUCAACGUUUCAGUUCGUAUUUGGAACUUUCCUCAGGACAAACACAAGUGUAUUGCUACAAACAUCACAUAUUUAUAGGACCCUAAUCACUUACUCACUAUUCAUCUGUGCAGGAGGCUGGCAUGCCAUCGUCUAGAGAGCGCAUGGUUGGGCUGAGGAACAGCUGACUUAAUCAUAUCCCUGUUCCCCAGGGCUGGAUCCAUUAGUUAGGAACACCAGGUUGUGAAUGUCUACAACAUAGAUCCGCCCGUUCAUUAAUAUGUGUCUGCCUCUGGGACAUCUAAACUGGCAAGCCGCAUAACCUGGGUAACCAGGACCCGUGUAUCUGGAGCCCCAUACCGGUAAUCAUUUAUGUAGCUGCACUCGUCUCCAUGGACACCGCCAGUAUCUGCAUAGUAGAACUUACAUGCAGGGCUGGAUUAACAUAAGGUCUGAUGGAGCUGCAGUUAUAGACCCAUUUAUUUAAAAAAAUAAAAGUAAUACUUUUUUUUACACACUACUCUUAGGGUUGCCACCUGUCCGGUGGUGAUAUUGGAGUAUUACCAGCAAUACAAAUGCCAGUAUUUUUCUCCGGAUAAACAGAGAUUAUGCUGCAACACCAGCACCUGCCAGGAGGGGUCGCUGUGUGUGAGGAGCGAGGCAGGGAUAGGAAGUUACAGCAUAUACCUACAUCUCUCUACUAACUGAUCUGCGGGGGGGCAGCUAUACAGCACAGAGAGUCCAGCCUGCAGAGACAGUCUAUACCUCAGGGAAGUGAGGGAUGGGAUAAAGGCUGCAGGGAGACUAAGGGACACUGAGACAUGGGGACACAUGGAGACCUCUGGGGACACUGAAACACUUGGGGACACUGAGACACUAGGGGAUGCUGGGAGACAUGGGGACACAGACACACUUGGGGACACAGACAUGGGGAAACAGACACACAUGGGGACAUAGACACUAGGAACACAAUGUCCCCGUGUCCUACACCCAUUGUCUGUGUCCCAAUGUCUCCUAGUGUCUGUGUUCCAUGUCUCCCAGUGUCCAAAGUGUCUGUGUGCCCAUGUCUCCUAGUGUCCCCUAGUGACACUGGGAGACAUGGGGACACAGACACUAGGGGACACUGGGCAACAAGGAGACACUGGGCAACAAGGAGACACGGGGCAACAUGGGGACACUGAGACACUGUGAUACAUAGGGACACUGAUACAUAGUCUGUUUCCCCAAAUGUCUUUGGGGACACUGGGUCUUAGUGACAUGGGGACAUUGGGAAACAUGGGGACACAGACACUAGGGAACACUUGGUGACAUGGGAACACUGGGAGCAAUCCAUCUUUACAGCAGAAUCAAACUAAGUUUUUUUUGGUGACUUUACAGAAUUUUCUCUUGUGUCACUCCUUGUGAUUUACAUCAUGUGAUGUCACGCAUACAUAAUUAGUUAUGUAAAUUAGUAAGGCCUGCAUUUUUUUCCCAAGUAAGGUGGCAACCAUAACUACUCUUCACAUACUCUUGCUUAAGUAUGGAAACUUAAGAGGGAUAUAUGGAAACAAAUCUUGUGUGGACUAGCUGAAAUUAAAUUAGUUCAGGUAAUGCUGACUAUGGUCUCUCUAACACUGUGGCAUGUUCCCUUUCUUCUACAGUCACUACAUCCACCUUUUCUCUGUCUCAGACUGUAUACCAGGAGCUUCUACCUGCUAGUAAGAAGGUAAGGAGACAAGUGGACAUGUGAGUGCUAGGGGACAGUCCUUAGAAAGCAUGGAGCGAGCGCAUCAUUAGACGCAUUUAUGCCAAACUCAGGAUGCUGAUGGCCAGCAUGCAUGAUUGUCAGGCAGCCUAACAUGCAUUCAUGCCAGGCUAACCUUCCAAUUCUUUGGACAGACAUGCCUCCUUUUUGGGCAUGUUUGUCCCUUUCUGAAGUUCUGGCUACGUGAUCUGCAUCAGUGGCCCACCCUUUUACACCGCCCAUUGACUUACUGCUUCACUGGACACUGCUGUUAGGGGGUAUGGAUUUACUUGAAAGGUGAAAGCAUGAAUUAGAGAGCGAGAAGCAUAUUUUAAGAGAGUCUGCGUUUUCUUAUAGCUGCAUCCUAUGUGUUUCCUUCCGGCAACAUCUCCACCAGAUACAUAACGCUUGAGAGGUAUGACUGUUUUAGAGUUUUUGGUAGAUAAGAUUCUGUACUUAGGCCCCUGAUAAUUGUCAGCACCAGGCUCACUGGACUCUUAACCUGGCCCUGCUUACAUGGCAUAAAUCUAAAAUCCCAAUCGGGGAGUGCCGCAACUGUUCAUAAACACAUCUUUACAACAAUAUAUAUUGCAGGACAUCUCAAUAAUUGCUCAUAAAAUACUGAUCUGAUUCAAAGCUUAAUAUUUUAAAAAUACAUAUAUUUUUAGUGUGCAAUACAGUCUAACAGUGCCAGUGCAGAAAUUGAGGCAUAAAAACCUGGUAAUACAGAUAGCUGUCAAAGUGAAGAAUAGUGCAAGAGUACAUUCUAAGUCUGACAAUUUGUGUUUAGGUGACAGUGCCUGUCUAUCACCCCCUCUUCUGGGAGCUGGAAGGUUAUCAGUUGCUACACAUUUCAAUGUCGUAAGUGGGUGGUUCAUUUCCAAAAAGUGCCGUUCAACCGGUUUUGUCCGUUUUAUUGUCCCUGUAUGCUAAACGGAUACCAGACCGAUGUCCCCUUAUCCUUUCACAUAAAGCCAUCUCUGUCUUUCCUGCAUAAUUAAGGGACAAGAUAAUUUGUAAAUCAUCCAAUUUGUAAAACUUAUCCUAUGUGGCAUUUUUAACACUUCCCCUAUGUGCGGAUAAUUGAAACUUUUACAGGGAAUGCGAUGCCCACAAGUAACAAAUCUCAAGCAUCUAACACAUCCCAGGUUUGCUGUAUUUUUAUUGACUGGCAAUUAGUUUUGAACCGGAUAUGUGUGGACCAAUUGGUCUCGCAAAUUUUUAUUCCUUUUAUAGCAAAUCAUGGGUUUGUUGUAUAGAAUCUUGGGAAGGGAUCUGUCGAUCUCAAGUAUAUUCCAAAUCUUAUUGAUAGUUUUUAUCAACUCCAUGCUCGCUGUAUUAUAUAUCAUAUGGAACGUAAUUCUUGGCGGAGUCUCCUUCCGAACCGUUGCCACAGUACCCUGGAAUUUGUCUCUUGCUUUCUGUAGAGAUUUGUCUAAUAUUCUCAGUGUGUAGCCCCUUCUUAAAAAUUUCUCAUACAUCUCCUGUAUUUCACUUUGCGGUUUUCUGGAAUUAUUUCUCAAUACUCUUAAAGGGACUCUCCAGUGCCAGGAAAUCAAACCGUCUCCCUCUCAUCCCAAGUUGCUGAAGGGGUUAAAACCCCUUCAGUGACUUACCUGUAUCCAGCGCCGAUGUCCCUCGGCGCUGGUGCGGGGACCACCCACGCUCCUCCCCCGCUGACGUCAUCCGGCGGGGAGACCUGAUGCCCAUGCGCGUUAGAUCUCCCCAUAGGAAAGCACUGAAAAAUGCUUUCAAUGCUUUCCUAUGGGGAUUUCAGCGAUGCUGGAGGUCCUCACAUAGCGUGUGCUAUAAACAUGUUAGUGCCCUCUAUUGGCCACUAGAGGAGGAGUUAACCCUGCAAGGUAAAUAUUGCAGUUUAUGAAAAGUUGGCACCCAGACCACUCCAAUGCGCAGAAGUGGUCUGGGUGUCUGGAGUGUCCCUUUAAGAAAUGAGAGUGAGGAAGUGAAUCCUUCAGAUGUUUGGGGUGUGCACUCUCAUAAUGUAAUAGUGUUAUGGUCCGUGGAUUUUGAAGAGAGUUGGUAUUCUAUCAUGCCACUUUCGAGCAGUAUCUCCUAGUACAAAAAUUGUAUGGCCUGUGUGUUAACAAGUGGUUCGAGUUUGAGUGGUUUUGUUUGAGAUGUGAUGUGCUGGAUUAAGAGCUUUGUUGGCCUCAGACUGAAAGUUACGAUGAGCCUAUUAUAGUCUCUAUAAUUGGGGGGAAAAAAACAAAACAUAUAUAUAUAUAUAUAUAUAUACACACAACUUCAUAUGUAAACUAGAUAAUGCAGACCAAUACAAAAACCCAACCAGCUAAUGACUAGAUUUUGGCAAAAAGUAAUGUUAAUUUUACCACUGCAAUGUACAAAAUCCAAAAAUUUUAAAAACAUACCAGUUACACAAUUCAUAAAGAAGAUCAAAAUAAGUUAAUUCUCAAGUAUGUAUAAUUCAAGAAUAAUAUAUAAAUAUAGUCAGAUCGCUUGUACAAAAAUAUCAUAAAUGGCAAAAAAGCCCCCCAAAAAUGUUCAAUCUGUAAGAAGUGUUACCUUCUGACAGCGAUAAAUAGACUCGAGAGGGAUAACUAAAUUCACUCAACAUUUUGGCUAAAUAAACCCUUAAAGGACCACUAUAGGCACCCAGACCACUUCAGCUUAAUGAAGUUUCAGAGAAACUGCUAUGUUUACAUUAGGGUUAAUCCAGCCUCUAGUAGCUGUCUCAUUGACAGCCGCUAGAGGCGCUUCCUCGCUUCUCACUGUGAUUUGAGAAGGCUUUUCUAUGCACUGACUGGCCGCGCAUGCGCAUUCAGCCGAUGACGUCCGAAGGAGGAGGAGAAAAGGUAAGAUUUUAAUCCCUUCCUUCCCCUUCAGCUCAGCGGGAUGGGGGCAAUGAGGGUGGGGGGGACCUAUUAAUACUAUAGUGCCAGGAAACCGAGUUUGUUUUCCUGGCACUAUAGUGGUCCUUUAACAAAGCACAGGUGACUUUUAGUUAUUGUUUUAAAUACUGAUUUUAGCCUAAAUUUUCUUAUUCUGUUUUUACUACAAUUCACUGCUUAGUGAAUAGAUACCCAAGUGUUUGUUUUUUGUCGUCUGUAUAAAAAUACAUAUGUAUGGGAUUGUGUGUUUGGCAACCGUCCUUACGUAUAUAGAUGUGCUGAUUUGUGUCCCUGUGUAUGAAUAAAUAUGUGUAAGGCUAGCCUAUGAGCCUACAGGUAAAUGGUCACAUUUGCCGACAAUGCCCUGAAGGUGUGCCAGUCAUAGUGCCUGUUGAAUCCCAGUCUGCAUCUUCUAAUCCUCAUUUGCAGCAGGGGAACUAGUUAUGGCCGUGCCUGUAUUCCAAGAUGGUGGUCACCGCAUGAGGAGACUGGUCAGCGAGCCUGGUGGUGGAGCCAGGACAAUGAUGUGAAAGAGGAGUCUCACAGCCAGUCAUAUUAACCUCAGGUCACCCCUCCUACAGGUGAGACCAGGUUAUGUAAGUCAGCCACUCCUUACUAAGUAGAGCAAUCAGAGCUUGGUUACUUUGUUGCCUGCCUCAGAACUACUAGCGUUUGCCUCUCUGCGUUUCCUGUCCUUGCUGGUUGUCACCUGCCCUGACCUCUUGACCGUCUGACUCUGAUUUCUGUCUGACCCUUCUUCGGAUACCUUUGUCUUGGUUUCUUUUACUUUAUUAAAGCCCCUGUGCCAUCACCGACCCGACAAUAUCCUGUUCUCACCCUCAGAAUGCUUGUAAGGAAGAGCUGUUAGUUCUAGGACUAAACACGACGAUUAGAAAAACUAUCAACCUUUUACACAUGCCCAGCUGCUCUCAAUUGGUUUUUCAGACCUUCAUCAAUACUCAUCAGUGAGUCAGUUUGUGCUGUAGUGGAAAAAGAGUUAGAGAAAUUAUAGCAUUGCAAUAUUGUAUGUUAUAGGUUUACCAACUAUAAUGGAAAUUUUAAAGUUAACCUUUAUCCCAAGAAAAUUAUGUAAGUAGUUCUUUUAGUUUUCCUGGCACUGCAGGUCCCCUCUCCCUCUCACUUCCCAUCCCCGGUUGCUGAAGGGGUGAAAACCCCUUCAGUCACUUACCUGAGACCCCCACCGAUGUCCCUCCCCUUCCUUACGUCAGCCGGUGGGCGAGACUGAUCCCGCCCGCUGGCCGGGGAGACCUAAUGUGCAUGCGCAGCAAUGCCACGCACGCGCAUUAGAGCUCUCCAUAGGAAAGCAUUGAAAAUGCUUUUCAAUGCUUUCCUAUGGGGAAUUGAGCGACGCUGGAGCACAGAAAACCUGUGCUAUAGACACGGAAGUGCCCUCUAGUGGCUGUUUAGUAGGCAGCCACUAAGAGGAGGAGUUAACCCUGCAAGGUAAUUAUUGCAGUUUAUAAAUAACUGCAAUAAUUACACUUGCAGGGUUAAGGGUAGUGGAAGUUGGCACCCAGACCACUCCAAUGGGCAGAAGUGGUCUGGAUGCCUGGAGUGUCCCUUUAAUUGAAAGAACAAAUCUCCCAGGAAAGGAGUACAAAAUCAUAAAAAUUUAGCCCAUUAGUUAUAUUUUACUAACAAUAAUGUGAAAACAAUACAUAAAAAUAAAAUUAUAUGAAAAGGAGAAGGAAGACAAAUGAAGAAUGGUAGGUAUUUAUACAAUUUCCCAAACAAAAUAAGCUUACUUUAAGGGUCAUAUUGGUAAAAGGUCGGGCAUAUGGUGCCAUUUACAUAAAGAAAGAUGCACACAGGCACAGCUCCCCUUGAGGGAUGCCCAUUUAUAUAGCGGACUAGGGACUGAAAAGUUGCAUGGUCAUUGCUCUGUUAACGAUGCACAAGUGCUGCACUUACUGAGGAUUUCGUUGUAGCCGCUGUAUCCAUCAACAGAACACCAGACUACAAACAUUUAAGGGACACUAUAGUCACCAAAACAACUUUAGCUUAAUGAAGCAGUUUUGUUGUAUAGCUCAUACCUCUGCAGUCCCACUGCUCAAUUCUCUGCCAUUUAGGAAUUAAUCACUUUUCUUUAUGCAGUCCUAGUCACACCUCCCUGCAUGUGACUUGCACAGCCUUCCUAAACACUUCCUGUAAAGAGUCAUCUAAUGUUUACACUCUCAGGGUGUUGGGGGUCAGUCCUUAUCCCUCCCUAACCCUGGUGCUCACUGGUACAGGAGGAAGGGAGGAGGUAGUGGGCGGAAUGAUGUAAAUUGCCGAUGAAUGGGAUGGAAACGUUGUACUAUAAGGGAGACAUUAUACCUGGGAUCACACACCUUCCAGCGCUGCUACUAGGAUACACAGCCCACAGGAACUGCCAGCCCCUCCCACAGGGGGCGGAGCUACCAGGACACACUGCCCACAGGUACUGUCAGCCCCACCCACAGGGGGCGGAGCUACCAGGACACACUGUCCACCGUAAAUGCCAGCCCCUCCCACAGGGGGCGGUGCUACUAUGAUACACUGCCAGCCCCUCCCACAUGGGCGGAGCUACUAGGACAUACUGCCCACAGGAACUGCCAGCCCCUCCCACAGUGGGCGGAGCCACGCUGCACUUUCCAAGCCACACGCCGUGUGAUGGAGGACCCGGAGAUCGUUGCCCACCGCGGGCUACUGCGGGAGUUACAGGAUUACACCGAGCGGUGCCAGCGCCAGCUGUCCGAGCUGCUGCACGAGCUGGAGUGGGCUGAGGAUUUCCCCGAGGAGGGAGAGGUGAGGCGGGCCGGGUACACUGUGUAUGAUUAGUAACGCAGUGUGUGUGGCCUCAUACAGGUAUCCGAGCUCAGAGACCAACCGCCUGGCAAAGCAUCAUGGGAAAACUUCAAACACGGCUGUGGGAUCCAGGGGUUACCGGCAAGGGAUCAUGGGAACUUUGAGAGCUGCUAGGGUUGGCUAGUGAUCGCAAAGCAUCAUGGGUAAUGGAGCUCAGCAGUGCCUUUUUCUGGCAAUGCAUCAUGGGUAAUGCAGCUCAGCAGUGUCUGUUUCUGGCAGUGCAUCAUGGGUAAUGCAGCUCAGCAGUGCCUGUUUCUGGCAGUGCAUCAUGGGUAAAGGAGCUCAGCAGUGCCUGUUUCUGGCAGUGCAUCAUGGGUAAAGGAGCUCAGCAGUGCCUGUUUCUGGCAGUGCAUCAUGGGUAAUGCAGCUCAGCAGUGCCUGUUUCUGGCAGUGCAUCAUGGGUAAAGGAGCUCAGCAGUGCCUGUUUCUGGCAGUGCAUCAUGGGUAAAGGAGCUCAGCAGUGCCUGUUUCUGGCAGUGCAUCAUGGGUAAAGGAGCUCAGCAGUGCCUGUUUCUGGCAGUGCAUCAUGGGUAAAGGAGCUCAGCAGUGCCUGUUUCUGGCAGUGCAUCAUGGGUAAUGCAGCUCAGCAGUGCCUGUUUCUGGCAGUGCAUCAUGGGUAAAGGAGCUCAGCAGUGCCUGUUUCUGGCAGUGCAUCAUGGGUAAAGGAGCUCAGCAGUGCCUGUUUCUGGCAAUGCAUCAUGGGUAAAGGAGCUCAGCAGUGCCUGUUUCUGGCAGUGCAUCAUGGGUAAUGGAGCUCAGCAGUGCCUGUUUCUGGCAAUGCAUCAUGGGUAAUGGAGCUCAGCAGUGUCUGUUUCUGGCAGUGCAUCAUGGGUAAUGCAGCUCAGCAGUGCCUGUUUCUGGCAAUGCAUCAUGGGUAAUGGAGCUCAGCAGUGCCUGUUUCUGGCAAUGCAUCAUGGGUAAAGGAGCUCAGCAGUGCCUGUUUCUGGCAAUGCAUCAUGGGUUAGGGAGCUCAGCAGUGCCUGUUUCUGGCAAUGCAUCAUGGGUAAAGGAGCUCAGCAGUGCCUGUUUCUGGCAAUGCAUCAUGGGUAAUGCAGCUCAGCAGUGCCUGUUUCUGGCAAUGCAUCAUGGGUUAGGGAGCUCAGAAGUGCCUGUUUCUGGCAAUACAUCAUGGGUUAGGGAGCUCAGCAGUGCCUGUUUCUGGCAAUGCAUCAUGGGUAAAGGAGCUCAGCAGUGCCUGUUUCUGGCAAUGCAUCAUGGGUAAUGCAGCUCAGCAGUGCCUGUUUCUGGCAAUGCAUCAUGGGUUAGGGAGCUCAGAAGUGCCUGUUUCUGGCAAUACAUCAUGGGUUAGGGAGCUCAGCAGUGCCUGUUUCUGGCAACGCAUCAUGGGUAAUGGAGCUCAGCAGUGUCUGUUUCUGGCAACGCAUCAUGGGUAAUGGAGCUCAGCAGUGCCUGUUUCUGGCAAUGCAUCAUGGGUUAGGGAGCUCAGAAGUGCCUGUUUCUGGCAAUGCAUCAUGGGUUAGGGAGCUCAGCAGUGCCUGUUUCUGGCAAUGCAUCAUGGGUUAGGGAGCUCAGAAGUGCCUGUUUCUGGCAAUGCAUCAUGGGUUAGGGAGCUCAGCAGUGCCUGUUUCUGGCAAUGCAUCAUGGGUAAUGGAGCUCAGCAGUGUCUGUUUCUGGCAAUGCAUCGUGGGUAAAGGAGCUCAGCAGUGUCUGUUUCUGGCAGUGCAUCAUGGGUAAAGGAGCUCAGCAGUGUCUGUUUCUGGCAGUGCAUCAUGGGUAAAGGAGCUCAGCAGUGCCUGUUUCUGGCAGUGCAUCAUGGGUAAAGGAGCUCAGCAGUGCCUGUUUCUGGCAAUGCAUCAUGGCUUAGGGAGCUCAGCAGUGCCUGUUUCUGGCAAUGCAUCAUGGGUAAUGGAGCUCAGCAGUGCCUGUUUCUGGCAAUGCGUCAUGGGUAAUGGAGCUCAGCAGUGCCUGUUUCUGGCAAUGCAUCAUGGGUAAUGGAGCUCAGCAGUGUCUGUUUCUGGCAAUGCAUCGUGGGUAAAGGAGCUCAGCAGUGUCUGUUUCUGGCAGUGCAUCAUGGGUAAUGCAGCUCAGCAGUGUCUGUUUCUGGCAGUGCAUCAUGGGUGAAUGAGCUCAGCAGUGCCUGUUUCUGGCAAUGCAUAGUGGGUACUUGAAACUUUACGCAGGAAACUGAAACUUGGUGCUAGGAUGGAGCAGGUGUUAAUUAAACUCCGCAGGUAAAUUUGACUUCGUGUAAGGACUUUAAAACUGUCAAAGAUUCUUUUUUUUUUUAGCCUAAAACAUGUGAAGUUUUACAUAGCUAUCAUUUCUCCAGUGAGAGAUAUGUAUAUAUCUCAAUAAUCAGCAUGGUUUUAUGAAACACAGGUCAUGCCAAACUAACUUAAGGGAACGCUAUAGGGUCAGGAGCUCAAACGUGUAUUCCUGACCCUAUAGUGUUAAAACCACCAUUAGCCCUCUUAGAAAGGGUUAAAACUUAUCUUAUUUCCAGGCUGGCCCUGCCACCAGUCUACCUCUUUGGAUGACAUCAGAAUUGAUUAUCUUAACCAAUCCAAUGCUUUUCCAUAGGAAAGAUCGUGAAGGAAAUGGGGACAAACGCCAGCCUGGCUCAUAGAGUCCAUGGAAACGCUGAACGUCUGAGCAGCACACUGUGAAGUUGCACCUGGAGGGGUUAUAAGGACUGUAAAGUAAAUACUGCUUUCUCUCUGAAAAGAUAGUGCUUACAUUAAAAAAACCUGCAGGGAAUGACUGUACUUGCAAAAACAGCUACAAUAAGCUGCAGUUGUCCUGGUGACUAUAGUGUCCCUUUAAUUGCAAAAAAGUAGACAUGUGCAAUUUUGUUUCGGUCCGAAUUUAAAUUUGGACGAAUUUCGGCAAUUCGGAUGCUCGUAACUGCCGAAUUUAGAAAUUGCCAAACCGAACUGCCAAAGUCCCGAUGCGAACAAAAUUUCUGAAGUGCCCGAAUCUCAGAGGUGCCGAAGUCCUUUGGAUUUCUGAAAAGUGGCAAAACAGGAGAGGGAGGUAAAAGGACAGGACUCUAACCAUUACCCCAACCUUCCACUAACCCUACCCCUAGGGAUGGUGAGGGAUAAGGUUACGGAAUUGCUGAGCUCUCGAAUUCCCGUGCCGAACCGAAUUUUCGGAAGUACCAAACCGAAUUUUUUGCCCAUGCACAUCCGUACAAAUAAGAAAGUAGUCGUUUACAUAGGAGUGUUGCAGUGGAUGUGAUCUGCUUAUUUUGCCAAGAUUUUUUGAUACAAUUCCUUACCGUAGGUAAGUAUUCAAGUAAAAAAUCAUGGUACAUUUGCUGGGUAAAGUGGAAAGUGGUAUGUAUCCCUCAAGGUUCUGUUCUGGGACCACAUAUAUUAAGAAAUGAUCUUGAACUAGGCAUUAAAAUCAAUGUUUGUGUUUACAGAUGCCACAAAACUCUGUAAAGUAAUACAAUGUGAGCAGAAUAUUGGUUUGCUGCUGAGGGAUUUAGAUUGGGGGACUGGGCAUUCAAAUGGCAGAUGACAUUUAAUGUAGAAAAUGCAAAGUUAUGCACUUCAGGGUAAGUAACGCACAAGCAACUUACACCCUAAAUGGUGGUGAAUUAGAGAUAACACAUGAGAAUGAUUUGGAAAUUGUUACAAACAACAAACUAGGCAACAAUAUGUCGUGUCACUCGGCAGUUGCAAAGGCCAGUAAGAUAUUGUCAUGUAUAAAUAUGGAUAAUAAUUAUAGCAAUGAAAAUAUAAUUUUGCUUCUUUAUAAAUCACUGGUAAGACCACACAUUGAAUAUGCUGUGAAAUUAUGGGCACCUGUUAUAAAGAAGGAUAUUAUGACACUAGAAAGUGUGCAGAGGCCGGCUACAAAAUUGAUAAAAAGGAAUGGUGCAUUUUAGUUAUGAAUCUCUUUAGUUUGGAAAAACGUCUCCUCGGAGGGGAUAUGAUGGCAUUAUACAAAUAUAUUUGGUGUCAAUACAAACCAUUGUCUGGAUAUCUAUUCAUAAACCGGACUAUACACAAGGUCAGACAUUUAGACUGGAAGAAAGGAUAAUAGUUUUUUUUGAAUUUAGAACAAUAAAGAUGUGUAAUUCUAUGCCUGAAGAGGUGGUUUAAUCAGAAUCUAUAGAUGUGUGAACAUGUGAUUUGAUAAAUACUUGCAAAAUAUAAUAUACAAUGAUAUACUUUUUAAUUAGUGGAGAUAUAUCUUUUUCAUCCAGGAGAUAUGACUACCAUUCUGUGGGUCAAGGAGGAAAUUUUCCUAGUUUGCUGAAAAAUUUGAAGUGCUUCAGACUGGGUUUUUGCCUUCUUUUGGAUCAGUGGCAAAAACAAAUGUGAGAGAGGCUGAACUAAAUGGAUGCUCAAUUUAAAUUUUUAUUUUUUUUACUAUACAAUCAUUGUGUGUCAAUUUUUGAACCAGCUGUAAAGCUACAUAGGAAUGUUCGGUUAUUUGAGGUUUCUUUUUUCUCCCUUUUAGAAUUCUGCAAUAUGUCCAUAUGAUGAUAAUCACCGAAUGCCUAGAUCAUCACUGGAUAGGCAUAUUACGAAGUGUAGGCUGCGAAAGCUUGGUUAUAGUAAGGAGGAGGUAAGUACUUGGAGGAUUUCCAUAUCUCUAAUUAUUUGCAUUCUUUAACUUCCUAUUAAUGCUUAAUUUAAAAAAAAAAAAUUUUUUUUUUUAUUCCUACCCAUCUAGACAGACGUAAUGGACACGUGCUUUUUCUAUGAAAAAUCAAAUGUACCUUCAGUUGUUAUUGGUAUGUAUAUUAAGAAACACAUAUUGCUUAUUACCAGUUUACCUGUUGAGACAUGCUUGAAACUAGUUGUUUUUUAUGUCGUAAUUAUUUCUUUCCAAUGAAGAAAAUAAUAAUCUCCUUAGUAGUUAUUCAUUGGAAUAAUGUUAAAAAAAGAUUAAAGGGACACUAUAGUCACCGGAACAACUACAACUUAAUGUAGUUGUUCUGGUGAGUAUAGCAUGUCCCUGCAGGUUUUUUAUUAACACUGCCUCUCCAGAAAAAGACAGUGUUUAAAUUACAGCCUAGGCACACCUCUAGUGGCCACUCCUCAGUCACUAGAGGUGCUUCCUGGGGCAGUUCUGAUGUUCAGCGUCUCCACACUCCAUGCAUCUCUUUGAGGAGAUGUUAAUUGGCCAGGGUGGCAUCCUGCACCGCCUCUGACCUGCCUCCUUGGCUAUCAUCAGAAUUGACAUUCUCAGACAAUCUAAUUCUUCCCGAUGGGAAAGUAUUUUGAUUGGCUUAGAUUGUUAAUGUUGAUGAUAUCCGGCACGGAGGUGGACCAGGUGUGGGGCCAGAUGCAAAGAGCCCUGGAAAAGUAAAUAACCUUUCUCUUAGGAGGUAAGGGGGCCGACCAUCUAAACAGUGGUUUUAGAACUAUUGGAUCAGGAAUACACAUUUGUGUUCCUGACACUGCAGUGCCCCUUUAAUAUUUAAUACAUACUCCUUUGAUUUUACAUUUAUAAAAGUAUUCAGUUGGUGAUAUAUAAAUGCCAGUAAUAAUUGUCUCCAUGCAAAUGGUGGUGGGAAGGAAAAUUGCAUCUCUGAGAGAAUUUUGUUUUGUCUUCCCUAAGGCUUUGGGGCUUGGUUAUAAACUGCAAUUGUGGAGCAAUUUUCAUGAAAAUAUAAUUAAUGUGCAUGUUGACUUCACAUUCAGAACUUUGCCCUUUUAUAAAUAACAAUGAUUGUAUAUUCCGUUUUACACUGAUAAAAAGCCAAGUAAGCACUGAUAAUCCCACCAAGGACUUAAUUCUAUUAGAUAUGACAAACUGCUCCUUUAAUUAAAUAGCUGUUUUUACGUUAUUACUGGUUUUUAUAAAGCGCCAACAUAUUCCGCAGCACUGUACAAUUGGGGAAAAAGACAAUACAAUAAGAACAGACCGAUACAACAGGUAGAGGGGCCCUGCUUGUGAGCUUACAUUGACUUCAGAUAGGUUUGCUUCUGGCACCUUAUUCUAUUUCAUGAUAUAUCUUAUGUGGGUUUCCUGAUCAGGUAGAGUGUGUAAUGACAUUCAGGGUUGAGAAUAUAAAACUUUAUUUCAAAAUAGCUUAACCUUAAAAUUAGCUGUCUUGAACCUGUACAGUUUGGUUAUUUGCACCAGUGUGUGUCAGGGAGGUUCAAAAACAUUGUACGAAUAGCCAAUUUGUGCAUUGCUAUAUUGUUACUUAGAGGGACACUAUAGUCACCCAGACUGCUUCAGCUCAAUGAAAUGGUCUGGGUGCCAGGUCCCUCAGGUUUUAACCCUGCAGAUGUAAAUAUAGCAGUUUCAGAGAAACUUCUAUGUUUACAUUGCAGGGUUAAGCCAGCCUCUAGUGGCUGUCUUCGGACAGCCACUAGAGUCACAUCUGUGACGCUGGAGGCAUAUUAUGUCUCCAUCACGCAGAGCGUCCAUAGGAAAACAUUGAAAAAUGCUUUCCUGUUGACAGCUUGAAUGCGCGUGCAGCUCCGCUGACAUUGGCGGGGGAGGAGAGGUCAUCAGCGCCGAGGGAGCCCGGCGCUGGAAAAUGUAAGCUGCCCAGCGGGAGGGGUCCCUGAGGGUGGGGGCACCCUCAGGGCACUAUAGUGUCAGGAAAUCCGCUUAGUUUUCCUGACGCACUAGUGAUCCUUAAAAAAAAAAAAAAAAAAAAAAAAACCUGAAUCUGAUAAUGCUUUACCUCUAUUUAUGCUAUAUGUGAUUCCGCUAAUAAAAGAAGAAAAACCUGUGAGACAAUGCUAGCAAAGGAUUACUGAAAUAAUGUGUACAAAUGUUUUAUAUUAAGCUCAUAUUGAAAUGCAGGUGAACAUAUGCUAACUAAUAACAUUUUGCUUCUCACCCCAUUAGAUAAAGUCCAACAGUUUCAGAUAAUCAAGGAAACAAGGGACAAUGCUUCUAGUAGCAGAGCUGAUGGAUCAUAUGAGGAAAGUAAGUAAGACUGAAAAGUGUAUAUUUCAAGACUAUGUAUGGGCAUGAGUGAUAAUUUUACAGCAUGGGAAUAGAUGACCUCUCCCACGAAUACAAACAUAAGUGGUUGUGAUGGUCAGUUUCCCAGCCCUUUGGGUAUUACAAUUUCCAAAAGUAUUGUCAACCGGGAACACAAGAGUGAAUGCAAGUAGGUUUUUAGAGUACGUUUACUUUACAUUUGCGCAGGGAAAAGAAAUGAGCUGUGUAUACUCUAAUCAUGGGUAGUGGAAGAUCACAGGAAGCAAUGUGUUAGUUUUUGUUCUUUUAUCUUAUAUAAACCAGUAUGUGUACAGGUAUUGAAAAAUGGCCAACACAAUGAGUAGACCAUUUUUAAACUGCUGUAUAACGGUGCAAAUGCCCUGCCCAAUGACGACAGCCAUUUAUUUGCCAUUAGCAUUUGCUGACAUGACUCUUGUAGUUGUCUAGUGAUAGCAGUGAAACCUUUCUGUUGUUCAGCUAAGAGCAUUAUGUAAAUCAAUCUGUAUGUAUGUUGUGUGUGUUUUUUUUUUUUGUUUUUUUUUUCCGCUCAUUCUAUUACUCAUUGCACUUAUAUAUUUUACUACAAACAUGGUUCUUUUUUUGGUUUCUCUUUUUGUAACAGGGGUGAGUAUAAAGCGGAUUUAAAGUCAUGACAAUGUACAGAUGUGAACCACUGUGUAUAUUCAGUAUCCUUUUUAAAAAUAUCCUUUUGGAAAGACAAGUGGUUGUUUUUUUUUUUUUUUGGUACAUAAAGAUUGCAUUGGUUUUACAAAACAAGAAGUCACAGAAAAUAUUUGACCAGACUAUUAUUUGUUUUGUUUUAAAUGCAUAUUUUUUUUUUAUUCAUCAUCGAAUGAAAUACAAUUAAAACGUUAUGGUUUAAUCCUAGGAAAGGAAGUGUGACAUAAUCUUUUAAAUGUAUUGUGUUCACCAAAGUGAUAAGUGUGUAGCUUUUAGAAGCCAGCAAAAUGUCGACAAAUGCCUCUGUAGCCUAUGGUAUGACACACAGUUUCAUGUCUGCCUGUAAGCAGUUGCCCAAAAGUGCACACCUGUCCGAUCUAUGAUUAAUUUUUUUAUUUUAUUAGGGGGGAGGGGUGAUUGAUCAUGAUUUCACUCAAUGCAAACAAUCUCCGGAAAUAGUGUUUCAUCAAUUCCGUGCCCCAGUUUCCAAAAAUGUCAUAAUUUCCCUUGGUUGACUAUAUGAAGAUACAAAGCAGUCAUCAGAUGUAAUAGCUCCCUCGCAAUGGGUACAUCAAAAUGUUGAGUAGUUGUGAACUUACUUUGUAAGUCGAAGUGAUCAUUUGAGUCCAGUGUAAACCUACUUCUAUGUAGCAAAUAGGGUGUGUGUCCUUUUUUUCCAAUUUGGCAGGGAACUAGUUUGUUUAUCCUAUUACAUCAGAUUACGCGUUCACAACCGCUCACAACAUACACUUUUUUGGGGGGGGACUUGGUCAGAGGUGUCACUUCUUGCUGCAUUUAGCAACUAUCUUGUGAAGUGUCUAUAUGAUUUUCUCCCUGUGGUAUAUUAUCAUUAGUUUUAACUUUCUAUCACAGCACAUUUUUUUAUUUUUUUUUUGUGAAUAAGUCACAUUUGUGCAUUUUGUAUACUGACUUUUUGUCUCUUUGGAACUUAUUUGCUUCAUGUUUCUUUAAAAACUCAAAUAAGUGCUAGUUAUCAGACUCUUUUUUUAAUAGCUAAUAUAUACUGCAAACUGACAAUCGGGGAAACUAUUAGCAACAUUUGCGAUAAUCCCCCUAUGUGAUGAGUUGAGCUAUUUCGUGGAACAUAACAUAAUUAUGCCUCCUUCUCCAUUCUAAAGGUGCAUACUCCUCUUCUUCUGUUGACGUUCCUCACAAUCACAAGCAUGCUAUCUGUGACCUGACACCUGCUGACCGCCUUGCCAUCUAUGACCAUGUCCUUCUGGAGACAAAGAAUAUGCGCUCUUUAUCUGCCCUGGAUCAGAACCAAUCUGAUUUAUUUGAGGAUUUGGCUGCGAAGAUAAACCAAGGUAAGCAUCUGGAAAAAUGAAAACCAACUUCCUUUCUCUUUGCUGCAUGUUAUGAAAUUUGAUUGUAGACACGUAUGAGGAAAGUGACGAUAUUAAGAAUAAAAAAAAUUGAAUGCCAGCCAAUGAUUUUCUUGUUAGGUUUGUUCCACAUCCUGAUGAAAAAUCCUCAUAAUUAGAAAAUAUGUUCUGAUGUGCUUUUCUUAAUUGGGGUAUAUUACCAAAUAGACAAUUCUUUAUAGUCUAUCAGCUUUUGUGAUAUUGAUGGAAAGCCACUGUUGUAGUAGUUUUUUAGGACUUGACAAUGCUAUUUUAACGCCAGAACAUUGAAAGGCGAGAAUAAACAGGUUUACCCAUGUCAAAGUAGUAUCUGUUAACCUGCUGUAAGCAUCUUUUCAAUCUUCAAGCAACUAUGCACAUACAUGCAAGACACAUACACAAGUAAGCUGACUUAUGUACAUUGUGUCCUUAACACUUACUGCUGACUAAGGGAGCAAUUUAUAAUUCCUCUUUGCGUAUAAAUUUAUUAAACCUUAAUGUAUAUUUGUCUGUACACGCAUGUAUACCCAGGACAUACUUGAAAACGAGAGAAAUCUCAAUGUAUCUUUCCUGGUAAAAUAUUUUUAUAAAUAAAACAUUUUAUAAAUAAUAGAGGCAAAGUCCAGGUUUUGGCGAGAAAAUGCACAACCACUGAUCUGUGUUAACCAAGGUAUACCUUAUUUUACCAUUCAGUUCUAAUUGGCUUUUAUUUUAAAGGGAUUUCCCUAGAAAAGUGUUCACAUAGCUCUUGUGAGACGACUACUUUUUGCUGGCCACAGUGCUGUGUGAAUGCUAGUAAAGACAACCACCACAUCAAUUCCUGAGUGCCAGUUUCUCUUAAUAUAGUGAGUCUUGCCUACCUCAGUUCCAGGAAUUCUUCCCCAUUACCUACGGAAAAGCUUGUGUAUGGGGUUUUUUUUUUUUUUUGUUUUUUUUUAAAAUCACUUUUCCCUUCAGAUUAGAGGCAGUGCUUUAUAACAGGGAUUUCUAAUCUGGAGGGAAAAAAAACAGGCAGGCAAUCCCCAAAACUUUCAAGAACCUCCCCCCAAUUAACCUUUGGCACUAUAAAGUGUCUCUUAUCUAAGCCCCAGUUCUUUGCCUGCCUUCGACAGAUGAGGGUGUCAGGUUUUUCCCAAGGAGUAAGGUGAAAGGGCUGAGGCUUGGGAGGCUCUGCUUCUAUUUUUUUUUCACUUUUUUCUGAGAUCUGCCAGGGAUAAGCACGCUGGACAUCUGCAUCUCCCCUGUUUGUAUUUUCUUCCGUCUGUACCGUGCCGGGCAGACGAUGGUGCGCUCGCUGGGACGUCCUGGCGGGGGAACACACAGGUUGCGAUGCUUUCAAUCGUGGAAUCGCGGCACGCAUUUGCACAUGCGCAAUGCGAUUUCAAAAUUCAGGCGCCAAAAUUAUAUAUAUUUUUUUUUUUUUUUUUUUUUUCUCCCUGCUUCAAUCUUGGUUUCCAGGACUUAGAGAGGCUUUUUACCCAGCAGCAACUAACUGUUUGCCAGGUGCACUCAGAAUCUCUUGCAAGUGUGUUCUCACCUUCCCUCCAACACACUUUGAUGCCAUUUAAGGUAAGACUUUUUGCUUUUAUCUUAAAUGAGUCUAGCCUGAAUUGUAAUUCAUUUAAUCUGUGCUGCAUGUUCCCAACCCAGUUAAAAUUGUUAAACAAAAAAGCGCAGAUAAUACUAAGAACAAUGGUAAAAGCUGCUAAACACAUAAAACAUUAUUCCUAAAAUCGUAAAACAAAUAGUGCAUUGAAAGUGUAAGCACUUAGUAGAUCGGUCCCAUAGUAGAUUCUAAUGGGUUCUUAUACAGAUAUAUUAGCAAUUUUGCGCAGAGCCUAUAUAUCUAUGCAUACUUCCCCAGUGGUGUGCUAUAUGUAUGUGUGUGUGUAUUGGUAUAGACAUAUACCAAUAAGCAUAAAUUGUGUAAAAUAAUCUAUUUAUUAUGUUUAAAAAAAAAAAGUAUUCAUAACUAUUGCUAUCAACAGCCACUAACACAGUAUGAAUAAUCACUAAAUGAUGCAACAGAGUCAGUGAUAUAUAAAAAAAGUAAAGUGUUCCUGUGGAAUAUACUACCACUUCUUCACAGGCAGCAAGACCCGUAUGGCAAUUGGAGGUUUAACCGCUGGAUGAUAUCUUUAUGGAGGCUGAUAUCUUAAAAUACUUUUGUAGCGGAUGGAUCAGUUAAAUGCCAGAAUCCCAGCUGCAGUGAAAGUUUCUUAGAGCAAGCAGUAGGCUUUAGUAAGCACUGUAGACAAAUCUCUGAAACUCUGUUGCAAUUAGCCUUAUUUCCACUUCAACAUGAUUCACCUGAUCUCAGUUUCUUAAAGGUGGUGUCUGUUUUCUGCUGGGGCAAAACUUUUCCUGUGCUUAAAGGACCACUAUAGUGCCCUGAGGGUGCCCCCACCCUCAGGGUCCCACUCCCACCAGGCUCUGGAGAGAGGAAAGGGGUUAAACUUACCUUUUUUCCAGCGCCGGGCAGGGAGCUCUCCGCCUCCGAUAUUCCUCUUCGGCUGAAUGCGCAUGCGCGGCAGGAGCUGCGCGCGCAUUCAGCCAGUCUCAUAGGAAAGCAUUUACAAUGCUUUCCUAUGGACGCUGGCGUCUUCUCGCUGUGAUUUUUCACAGUGAGAAGCACGCAAACGCCUCUAGCGGCUGUCAAUGAGACAGCCACUAGAGGCUUUGGAGGCUGGAUUAACCCUAUUAUAAACAUAGCAGUUUCUCUGAAACUGCCAUGUUUAUAAAAAAAAUGGGUUAACCCUAGCUGGACCUGGCACCCAGACCACUUCAUUAAGCUGAAGUGGUCUGGGUGCCUAGAGUGGUCCUUUAACUCCAAGUUUGCAAAUUUGAUGUUUUCUGUGGUUAUUUUGUAAGUUUUAUGAAGUUUUAAUUCAGUGUCCUUUUAAAAUUAUUCUUUGGACCACAGUAUUAGGAAUUCUUUUACAUUUUGUCCUUUUAUUAAAAAAAAAAAAAAAAAAAAAUUUUUUUAAAAAAAAUUUUUUUAUUUUUUUUUUACGUGUGAAACAUACAACAUUUGAUCUUACGGUGCCACAACAGCAUCCACAAGUGUAUUAUAAGCAGUUAGUUAACAUGGCAUGUGAGGGGUACGGCACAUUUUUUUUUAUAUUGACAAGCAAAACAAUGAAAGAUUAUAUUACACAAGAUUUCAGAUAAUUCACGAGUUGUCAGGCUAAAUGUUAACAGAAACAAUCACACAGGUUAAGAUCAGGCUAACUUGGGUAGCAGCAAUUUGUCAAUCCCUACAUCAGUGUUGGUAUAUGUAUUUGCUUACAGGGUUAACGUUGGAGUAUCAGCAAGCUUAAUGAGAAUGGCUGAACUGGACUGAUGAUCCACUGCUAUGUAGUGUGGUGUGCCUGUGAAAUGUGAUUACGCUGCAUGAGCUUAGUGUAGUAUUGCUGCAUGUGUGCCUGCGUGUAAGACCAUGUAGGAAGUUUACAAGUAAGGAACAUCAGGCAUAAGGAAAAUUCUCUUAAUUUGUCAAGUAAUUAACAAGUGAGCACAUGACCACUGGAGUUGAGGCUAAGACGAGCUAAGUGGCAGCAGUGUACUAUGGAGCAUAUGAGGUCUGAUGCUGCUUUUGAUUUACAUGAAGCCAGUGUCUCUGACAAGGUCCAAGCGUCCUGGGGCUGCAGGCACCACUGUGUUUGCACUGCCAUUUGUGUCACCCAUUCCAUCUGAUCUUGUAGCCUGGGACAUCUGGGGUGUAUUUAUUGCAGAUCUGCAGCGCUUGCUGGCGGUGGUCUGCUCCUUCAUCCCCCUGACGCUUGGUGUCUGCUUCUGUUCGGGUGGUAUAGCGAUUACCACACCUCCGGCCCCCGGCUCUUGAUGUUUCAACUUUGGGGGCUCCCCACCCGGGAAGGUGGUCGUGGAGCCAGGCUUGAUCCGUGAGUGGGUAAGUAGGGGCUUGUCAGAGGGUCGGACGCUUGUCUGCUGGUUCGGGCUCCGUGGCCCAUGGUGUAUGCUGCUUAUUGCAUGCCGAGCUGCUUGCAGGUAGAUGCAGAUGCGAUUCUCGGCUUCAGUUGCGUCUCUGCCAUUUUGGCGCCCAGGCGUGGGAUGCGCAGUGUUAGGCGGACUCGGAGGGUCAGGAUUGGGCGGUGGUUCCCUCCAGUAUGGACCGGGAUAAACCCCCAGUCCAUGGGGGGGAAGCAGGGACCCAUGAGACACAUCACUGGCAGCCAGGUUCUGACACGGGACGGCGGCCGUCCGCCCCACUCGUCACCCACAUAGGCCGCAGGCCCUGAAGCCUCGCAUUUCCCCUGGGGCUGCAAAACUUCCGGUCUCGGGGACCGCAGUGGCAACGGCAACCACCUGGACAUGAGAGGUGGCCUCUUGGCUCUGAGACAGGCUUUAAGCUUGGCCUUUUCCCCCAAAGUAGGCCAAUUCCUGCAGGAGCCUCUCCAGCCUGCGACCGGUCAGCAUGGCAGUCGGCCACCGCCCCCACAUUUUCAUCCUUUUUGAUUCCAAAUCCUAAAAUUUAGGUUUUUUUGUUUGUUUUUGUAUUGAAUGUGCUAAACUGACUGUUGGAAUUGCAAAAUAAAUUACCUGUUGUAUUAACACAUGCUGCAAGGAGGAUACACUAAGUAAAAUUAUGUUAACAAACCUUAGUGUGACCCAAGUUAUUGCUUGAUAUCUAAAAAGAUACGGUACAGUCGAGACAUCUUAUAGUUUAAGUCUGAGAGACAAGGUAAAACAGUUCUAAACAAUUUAUAACUUCUUUACAGAUGAUGACCAGAAAGGUCCUAAAUCUCACCUUGAAAUUAUGGCAGAAAUGAGAGACUAUAAGAGGCGCAGACAAUCCUAUAGAGCUAAGAAUGUUCAUAUAACUAAGAAGUCUUACACAGAGGUAAGUUAUUAAUCAUGGAAGCUGAUUGUAGCUGAAUGUAGUGUCCCACUCUUUUUUAUAAUUUUGCUUCACAACUUGUCAUAUAUGUUUUUAAAAGAGCUAGUCAUUUGUUUGAAUAAGGCUGUGACUGAAGGGUUAAAAGUACUUCUGUACAGGUUAUGAUGAGUAGGUUGUUCUUUUUAGCUAGGAUGCACUCCAAUAGGCUUUAAUGGGUCCAAAUCAACAUGCACACCUAUUUCCUCAAAUCUGAGCGCAGUAUCCAGCUCGCAUUCCCACUGCACCUACAGUACCCACAACUACAUAGCUACUUACACCAGCAGCCACACAUAG